AUGCGGAAGCGGUGGCCCUGCCAGAGAGGAAGUGAGGCAGCCGCCUCAGGCAGCGGCACGAAGAAGCGCCCCUGGAGGUGGCGGAGGAGCCGGUAAGGGAAGCUGAGCUGAGCAGGAGAGCAGGCGAGACGUCAGUAUAUAUUUCUCUCUCUCUCCUCCCCCCCCCCAAAUCCUCACACCACUUCCCGCUUUCUCCUGCCUCCGUGUAGACAAGCCUAAGUCCCCGCGGUGCGUAGGAAGCCGGAGCCACCUUGGCGGGGCUGGCGAGGGGAGAAGGGAAGCGGCUCCCUCGGCACAAGAUGGACGCUUCUUGAGCCGCGCCGACACCCACACGGCUCUUCCUCGGUCUGUCACGGGGAGGGCGACGCGGGUUCGGCUCCUAUUAUUAUCAUUAUCAUUAUCAUUAUUAUUCUCCCUUCGCGGGUGCCCGCUUUCCCACCCACCUACUGCAGCAGAGUGCCUGUCGAGGGAGCCGAGCCGUCUGUCUCGCUCCCUCAGAACUGUCUGCAGACCGCGAACCUUUUCCGGUUGCUUCGCUUUCCCCUUUUUGCCCCCGCCCCGCCCCGCUUUUUCUUUUCCCCCCUGGAAGCGGGGGAAAGAACCCCUCUAGCCUUGUAGAAACGGAGGCCGGGCAUGUUGUGGUGGCAGCAGGCGCUCUUCCUCCGGGGCGAAGCGGGGGUCGAGCUUCGCUGGGCUGCCACUCCCCCUCCCCGGUCCUGGGGAAGCGAGGGGGUCGCUUUUCCUCUCAAGCGGGUGCGGGGCCAAGGUGGGAGGUGGGGAGAAAGGAACUGCCAAGGCAGGUGGCUGCGGGAAGCGUCUCUGCACUACUUCGUAUUUUUUUAUGUAGCAUCCCCGAAGUGUUGCUUUCACUGCUCGAGACAAUCGCUUAAAAAAAAUAAAAUACGCUGCUUCCCACCCACCCCUUACUGCUAUGAUUACUAAUCAUUUUUCUCUCGGUUGUGUUCUAUUGAGCAACCGAUUACCGUACUCGGUGAUGCGGUGUUUCCGUGAUAACAGAUGACAAGGGAAUAAACAUUGAAAUGCUAGGAGCAAAAUCACUGCUUGGCGCUCUUCUUAUAACAAAGAUGUUUUGGAUACAAUUAAAAAGAAAUCGUUAGGGGUUUAUGAAUAUGUAUGCAUAAGCAGCAAUGGAGAGGGAGCGGUUGAGGCUGCUUGCUGGUAUACUUUCUUGUACAGAAUAAAUAAAAUACACAUGGGAUGUAAUUCAUAAAAGGAAAUAGGGUGAUAAAUUGGUUGCUUCUAGUUUCAUAGCUGAAUAUUGACAUCAAGUGCCAAAUUAUGUGUUAUGUGCUCCUGGUGUGCUGCUGAUAGAGGCCAGGAAGUCUGAUCUGUCUGGGUAUGGAUGUAGAAUAGGUGUUUGUUAACUAUCCUGUAGCAGAACAUACUGAAGCAAAUAUAGUAUCAUUUUCUAGAACUGAGCCCUGAUGAUCCUUAGCUUAGGUUAAGCCCUGACUGAGCAGUUUGAUUAUAUGUGGAAUGCACAAUUGUAAUGAAAUAUUAAACCCUUAAUUUGUGUUUUUAAGCUUGCUACACUUAAAAACAAACCUAAUCUGACUCUUAAGGUAUUGUUAUUGUUACUCUUAUUGUUUUUUAACAUCAUUGAUUAAUUAAUUGCCUUUUAAACAACCAUCAAGGCAAUAUACACUGAAAAUAAUUUAUAACAGUUAAUGACAGAAAACCAACAAAUGCAUUUAAAAUAAGACAGAAAACAUACAAUGCUGACAUUUAUCCAAGCCAUAAAGUCUAUCAGAACAAAAUGCCUUCAAUUGUUUCUGGAAAGUGCAAAAUAAAAUAAGUUUUGCCUAUUUAUACCUCAUGACCUUAUUUGUCUCAUUUGGUUCAUAGACCAUCAUAACCUUUGGGUUUUAUUUCUGUUUAUUUUUUUCUGCUUGUACUUCACUGCUGUGAGCUUUCUUCUGGGAAAUGGUCUUUUGGUGUUUGCAGCUCAUAUGAUCCAAGAAGAGGCACAGGAAAACUUGUUAGAUGUCUAGCCUGCACUUGAUAUGGUUUGAGAUGCCUUCUUGCAAGUAGAUAUCCUUGGGAGGAGGCAAGGCAGCAUGCUGAUUACAGUGACAGGUUGUAGCACUUGUGAAUUGUGCUUGAAAAUUGAUAAGAUAGUGGCAAAUUGGAGUGUGUGCCUUUAGUGGAUCACCUCAUGAGUAAGCAUUUUUAAAGAAAUGUAGCAAGCUUGUCAAGAAUAAUGUUUCUUUAAUGCCUGUUUAUCCAUUGUAAAAUUAUGGAGACAUUAGUAUGUGUUUUGCAUGGUGCUGAUCCUCCUACAAAAUAUGAUAUGCAACUGUAAUUAGGAAUGUCAUAAGAUAUGGACUACACUCACUUUUCUUGAGUCUCUUGGGAUAUAUUCUCAGAAAGCAGCUGAUGCAGAUGCACAUUUAGGUUGCACUGUGGCAAUUAAGAAUCUGAUGAAUAUUUAGAUACCGGUAUAUUAAUCCAUUCCAAGAACUUGCUUGUAUGAGAACUGUAUUUUUCUCAUGAAGCAGUAACAUUCUAUCAAGAUGACAAAUAAUGUUGUAAAAUAUUAGAUUAAUUCAAUUUAUGUACUGCUUCUCACACAAGAAAUCCCAAAGUGAAGCUAUUUAUGUGAACAGCAUGCAGUACGCAAUAAAAUCCAUUAAAACAAAACAAAUAUACUAAAAGUAUUCUUCCUCAAAAAUUACCCCCCAAAACAGCAACAACACCCCAGCCACUUACUAUGGAUGAGUAUUAAAAAUAAAUAACCCAGACAAUAUGCGCUGUCCAGAUGCAUGAAUUGAAAUAAUUACAAAAUUAGACUAAACAAUAAAAAUAAGCCAGUUUGAGAACAGUACCCAGUGAAGUAGUUUUUUUAAAAAAGCAACGACCAAAAGAGACAUUAAAGGGGGCAUGUUGUUGUUGAUUAAAAGGUGGCUAAUGAUGGGACCAAACAUACUUUCUUUGGUAGGGUAUUCCAUUGGUGACUUCCUCCUCAUGCCCCCCCCAUGUACCAUGGUAGCACAUAAUGGAGCAGGGUGGUAGACUGUUCAAAGGUUUGGCAUAUUGCUAUGAUGGGUGAAGGAGAUUCUUAAAAUGCAUUGGUUCAAAGAUGCUAAGGUUUAAAAGGUUAUAACUACACUUUGAAUUGAGCCCAGAAACAAUUGGUAAUCAAUGCAGGUAAUAUACAAUCAGAAAAGGGCUGUAGCUCAUUAGCAGAGCAUUUGCUUCACAUUCAGAAAGUUCCCGGUUCAAUACCCAGCAUCUCUAGGUAGUACUUGUAAGGUCAUCUAUCUAAAACCAUAGAGAGUUGCUACCAGUCUGAGUGAAAAAUACUGAGCUAGAUCAACCAAUGGUCUGAUUCUAUGUAAGGUAGCCAUUUAUGUUCCAAGAGCGACAUGGAUCCGUCAUGUUACAGUCAGUAGCCAGGCAGUUGCAUUCUAGUCAAAUCAGAAAAGCCCUUAAUUGUCUUUGAAGGCAGCUCACUAUGAGGCAGCCUGGAAGUGAAUAGGGCACGAGUGACUGUAGCCAGUUGCAUUACAUAACUUUUUAUAUUUCAUGCAAACAUUUAUCACAAUUUACCUGUAGUAUAUAUCUGUUAUUCAACUGAAGUUGAUUCUGUUAACUAAUCCUGAUGUAGUUCUUGCAACAUGGGAAGGAUGCUAGAAGGUAGGCAUAUUAAAAACACAUUCCAGCAGAGUUCUUGGGUUCCCACUAGUAGAAAUUAAUGCAGCUGUGCCUUGUGGAUAGGUUAGUUUCACACUGCUUUAGAAAUGAUGUCUCUGAAUGUUGAGAAACUUUCACUAACACUUUUUUUGUACUUUGUUACACAGUUCUGCCUCUGAUAAAGGAAAAAUGGCAUUCAGUAAAGGUUAUCGCAUCUAUCAUAAGCUAGACCCACCGCCAUUCAGUGUGAUAGUAGAAGCUAGAAACAAGGAAGAAUGUCUCAUGUUCGAGUCUGGUGCUGUGGCUGUUCUCUGUAAGUAGCAAAACUCUGCAAAUACAAGCAGAUGGCUAACUUAAUUAAAAAACUCCUAAUGCUAAAAAAUGAAAACAGAUGAAGAAAUGUUGAGUCACCAUAUCUGUUGUGUCAGUGAUCUAAAUGUCCUUUGAAUAUUUCCUGGUCUUUUUUGCUUAAAGGUGUUUUGCCCUACUAUAUUUUUCAGAGUAAUACAUUUUUGAAUUUAUUGCUAUUUCUUGAAACUUGCCUUAAAAGUCUACUUAUCCUAUUUGUAACAUAAGCAGACGUAAAGGUAAACUGUGGCUGUUUAGCAUUUUUGAGUAUGAGCCUUGGGCUCAUCUUUCCUCUGGUACCCUCCAGUGUGCCUGCAGGAACAUCAGAACUUUUCACAUCUGUUUUUAGCUAGGCAGUUCAGCAUUGUGUUCAAACCUGUAACCUAGAAGCUCAAUUCAACUGGAAAGCUACACAUGCCCCUGAAUGGUGUCUCUUUUGGCAUUCCUCUCUGCAGUUAGUGUGGUGCCGUUGCAAUAUAAGAGAAGACAACAUUGGUUUAAAUAGUAUAUUCUCCCAUAAUAGCAACCAUGCAUAGAAACAAACUUUUGCAAUUACUGCAAUGUAAGUGCAAGCCUAAUUAGUAUCCAGAAUCGUUGCUAUAUCUAAUGGGGGCUUCCUCGAACAAGCAAUUUCCACCAGUAAUUGGUUUAAGCCUAAACUUGCAUUUCUUAGGAAAAUAUUGCUGCCUUUUCCCAUGAGAGAAUUCAAAUGGGUUUAAGUUAUGACUGGCCAGAGGCUCUUCAUGACCCCUGUGCCACUCUGCCGUGAGGAAAUUUGUGUUGAUGUCUGGUAACCUACUUGAUGCUUGAGUUAAUUAGCAUUCAGUUACCUUUUCCAUCCAGCAUCCUCAUUAAGAUAAUAACUCUUUGCUCUAGAGCUAAUUCUUGUCGGGAAGCUUCUUUCCUGCAACUGGACAUCUUGCAGCUGCCUUAACUAUAGUUUUUAACUCAGGGCGAUUUAACGGUGCUUAUUUUGCCUUGGAGACUGCUCCCCACCCUGUUCUGACACUGUGGAGCAAAACAUCUCUACCUUUCUCUUUUCUGCAACCUCACUAUCUCUUAGUCCAUGUAAUUGUUCAAAACGCCACUUUCCUGGCUCCUUAGCACCCACAUUUGUUCCAUGUAAGAUGAGCUCUGCUCCCUCCAUCUGUCUGUGUAACUGGAACUGUUUGAGCUUAUGGUCCAGAACUUGGGUAGCCUGUGUAACUUUUAACAACUAACCAAUUUACUAUUCUGCAUGUCUUUCUUGACACUUUAAGCUCCAAAACCAUUUUAUUCAUUUCCCACAAUUCUGUGUAAAAUAACAUUUUAUUUAAAUUUAUAGCAACAUAUGUUGUUUCUUACAACAUUCUUCCCUGAACAGUUCAGGGAAGUUUUUAAUAUGUGACAUUUUAGUGUAUUUUUCAUCUUUGUUGGAAGCCGCCCAGAGUAGCUGGGGAAACCCAGCCAGAUGGGCGGGGUACAAAUAAUAAAUUAUUAUUAUUAUUAUUAUUAUUAUUACUUAAUUCCUCCAAGAAAGCAAGAUAUUAUUAUGAUUAUUUGGGUAUAACAUAGUGCACUAACCUCAGUGUCACACAAUUUUCUCUAUAUUAAAGAUCCCCAAAGUUGUUAUUCUAUGCAUAAGCAUGUAAGGUACAGUUUCAUGUGUUAAUGAGCUGGAUAGAUAACUUUUUCUUUGCUGAACAACAUAUCCAGUAAAGGAUGCAGAUGUUCUAAGAUGUUGUAGCAUGAACUAUAGCAUGAACUUCUGCUUUUGCCACAGCUGCACAAACAGCUGGCAGCUCUUAAUAGGAACUUAGAUUUAAAAUGUAUAUUGAGCACUUCUGUUAACACACACCAUCUAAUCUACCAUCAGGGGAUUUAAAUUAUGGAUGUAGCUAAGUGAAAGAAUAAAAUCUCUAGGGAUGGAAGUGUUCAAGUGCCUGCAUGCAUUAACACAGCAAAAGAGGGUAUAUUUACAUGCAUGUAGGGUAGGUAUUUAAUAUCUCAAUCUUUGUAGUGCACUCUCAUGUAUGUUUACUCAGAACUGAGCAGCACUUAGUUCAGUGGGGCUUAUUCUCAAGUAAUUAUGCAAGGAUUGCAGCUUUAGAACAUUUUAAUAGAAUGAGAAUAUAGAUAGAUAGGGAGCAGUUGUUAGACUUUAGUAGCUCCUACUCUUUGGGUGGGAGGCAAACUUAUCAGAUUCUGUCUUAAUGUAUAAAGACAAAAUUGACCUUGCCUUAUUAGGAAGGCAAGCAUAGAUCACUUGUCAUUUAAAGGACUUCCAAUUUUCCACUUUUAUAACUACUGAUCAGGCCUCUGUUUUUCUUCAUCCUUUAAGAUUAGAUAUUCUGAUACCAAGAUACUGUGUAUUGGGUUUUACAGAAUGUCCAGUUGAGUCAUGUUUAGAUAGCUGGGCAGUACUCUACAGAUGCAUGUUGUUUUGCUCACAAAUUUCUGGUAUAAACCUGAGCUUUGAUUUAUUAUUGAUACCAUGGUAGAUCUAUUUCCUGCAAGUGUAUUGAUACAUGUUUGCUUAAAGAACACAAUCAUAUUUAAAGUUGAUCAGUCACUCCGCUAUAAGCAGAAUCUGGGAAGGGGAGGCAAUUGAGUAGAAGGAAUGGGAGAUUCAUGUCUUAUGUCAGUUACAUUGUGUGAAUAAAUAUAAAAGGGGAAAAACCUGACUUGCAGAGUUGGAAGGGUCCUUGCAGAUUAGUUUGGCAAGCCCCCCACAAUGUAGGAUGCAGUUACAGCAUCUCUAAUAGAUGGCCAUCCAGACUUUGCUUAAGCACCUCUAGUGGAUGAGUGCUCACCCCUCCUGAGACAAUCUUUCCCUCUGUUGAACUGCUUUUACUGUUAGAAGGUUUCUGUUCAGCUGAAAUCUGCUUCAAUCCUAUUUCUACCCAUUGGUUCUAGUCCUUCCCUCUGGAACAACAAAGAUCAGGCCUGUAUGACAGCCCAUCAGAUGUUUGAAGGCCCCUAUCUUGUUAUGCCCCAUUUUCUCCAGGCUAACCAUGUCUAGCUCUUCCAGCUGUUCCUCAUAGGACUUUUUCAGAGCCUUCACCACCCUCGUUGUCUUUCCUUGGACACACACAAGCAGUUUUAGCACGGCCUCUCUUAAAAUGUGGCAUCAAGUACCGGACACAGUAUUUCGGAUGCAUUCUCAUCAGUACUAGAUAGAAUGCAAUGUUUACUACCUGUGAUCUGAACACUAUACAGGUACUAUGUUAAUGCAGCCUGAGUCUGCAUUAGCUUUUAAUAGCAUAUUCUGCCUUUGAUUUUCUUUUUCUUUUUUGCACUUACAUGCUGGAUUUUACAUUUAUCUCUGUUGAAUUUCACCUGUUGUUGCAGCCUAGUGUUGCAGAAUGUUAGGAUAUCUUUUUCUUUUGGCUCUUGAUACUGUCUUCUGUGUAUUCCUCCCAACUUUCUCAUUUGCAAAUCUUACAAGCUUUUCCCUCAUUCAAGUCUUUAAGAAAAUACUGAACACAGUGCGUGGGACUGAGCCCUAUGAUAUUAUGCUCAAGACUUUCCUCCAGUUUGAUACAGAGCUAUUAAUGAGCGCUCACUGGGUAAAAGUGCUCAACCAGCUGUGACUGCCUCUUAGCUAUAGUACUGCCCAGUUCACUUACCAUUUUGUCAUCAAGGCAACCAUGGGAGACCCUGUCACAUGCUUUGCUGAAAUCAAGAUAUACGGUAUAUGUGACACUCCCAUGAUUACAUACUAGGCUAGUAGCUCUUAGCAAAAAGAACACAAGGUUGAUCUGACAUUCCUUAUUUUUGCAACCCAUGCUGGCUCAUAGAAAUUGAUGCAAUGUUUUUAGAUGCUUAUAGACCAAAUGCUUAAUAACCUUUCUUUGUUUUGUGUUGGGGUGCCUGGCCUGUAGUUUUCCAGAUUCCCUGUGUCCCCAUCUCAGAUGUUCCUAUCUCCAGUGUUUUGAGACUUGACUCAUUCUCCAAGAGCUCUCAUAAGAUUAGUCAGUGGUUUUGAGAAAAUACCUGCAAACUCAUUUAGCACCAUGGAGUGUAAUUCAUUUGGCCUUGGAGACUUGAACAUGUUUACAGUUGCUAAGGAUUCUCUAUCUCUUGGGGUUCAAGCCUCUCCUUAUAUCAUUUGUCAUUCUCUUCUCAGGUAGAACACAGUAUGUUUUGUGGUAGAAGAUUGAGGCAAAAUAUGAGUUUGAGUAGUUCUUCUUUCACUGUAUCACUUGUUUAUACUUACUGUCUUGUCUAAGCAGCAGACCUGCCAUUUCCUUGCAGCUCAUUCUUGUCUUAUCCUUCCUGUUCGUACAGUUUGGGGUGCACUGUUGUAAACAUCCCUGGUUACAUAUACCUUUUUCAGUCUCCUAUAUAUGCCCUUUUAUGUCUCAGUUCAUCAAAGUGCUCUGUAUGGAGCUUAACUGGCAUCUUUCCCUUCUUCUUAAGACUGCCUAAUCAUGACCAGCAUCUGCAACUCUGGAAGCUGUAGUUCAGCAGCAUAUGGAGCUCCACCCCUGAUUUAGAGGAACAAGAAUUACCAUUAAAAAUGCUUUAAAUUUGGUUUGAAAUUUCAAUCCCAGAGAGAGACACCCCUCAUUAAUUUGUGUGAUUAUGAUGUCACAGGUCUACUUCUUCAUUGUGUACAAGUGAGUCUACUGCUACUGAAGUGGAUUUUCACUGUUGCUAUCAGUUUAUCAUGGCUGCAAAAUCUUGGCUUAGCACAGCAGUAAUAAGGGUUAGAAGAAUGUUAUAUUUGAGUAGAAGGUCGUGGGCAAGGAUAUAUUCUUUUUCUUCCCCACAUCCCUUGGAACCUUAAGAGUUAGUGAUUACUAAAAUUUGUAUCUGUAUUUGUUCUUCAGAAAUAUGAGUUUUGUCAAUUUGUAAUCUGUAGUUGGAUUCUAAUCUCAGCUGGAGAAGAGUAAGUCCUUUCCCCCUGUCUCUUAUCUAUAUGUACACCUACAAACUGAGCUUCAGUUUUAUGACAUUUCUAGAAUCUUUGUACUAUACAUAUAAGCCGCUGAUACAGGCAGCAGGAGAAUAACUGCAGGCUGUUUUUGCAGUACUUUAUUUCUUUGAAUUUCACUGAAGUGGAAUUUUCCGAAUAACUUGUUUAAUACAAUCCUUUGUAAUGGCCAGAAAUUGUGCAAAGACCUGUUAAAACAGGAGCUAAAACAGGAUGCUGCAGUACUCUUAAUGGCUUCCUGUCCAUAGGCAGAUGGAUGAAAAUACAAAAAGCUUCCAAGUCAGACAGAAAGUUACUCAAAAUGGUAUUCUGUCCAACUCAGUAUUUCUGGGGAAAAGCUGAACCUCAGAUCUCACCAUGACAAUGGAAGUACCAUGUGGGAUAUGCAUGAAUGAACUAAAAACAUUAUAUAUAUAUAUAAAAUAUGAAGUGGAAGAGUCUUUCAUAUGUAUAGUUCUUUUGCCAUAAUUUGAAUCCUUCACAUUUUAUAAACAGCAUCUGCAGAGAAAGAGGCAAUCAAGAACAUGUACUCCAAGGUGAUGGAUGCAUAUGGACUGCUAGGUGUUUUGAGAUUAAAUCUUGGUGAGUAAAUCUCAUUUUGGGAGUGCCCUUUCUUUUCAUAUGAAAACAGUAACAGUUAAAAGAUUGCUCAUGCCAUCUUGCUGCCGGUACAGUUGCUGGUAUGUGAUCACCACACUCCAGAUAAAUUGAUGAUUAGUUUUGUAUGUGCAGCGGGAAUCCCUCCCCCCUUUUUUCCCCUUGGUGAUGCUUGCUGAGUUUUCUAAAUAGCCUCUCCUGUUCUCCAACACCAAACAGCAAAUCAUUUUCAAAACUUUGGUGUCUCAGAGUCAAUUAGAUGUGUAUGACAUGGCAUAUGUAACAUGACGAGAGGAUUGGAUUGCCUUGGGGAUCAGAAGCUGAAAGUUCUGAUGGCAUACAUGAGACUCUGGCCAUUAAAUAAUUGUUGGGCUUGUAGUAAAUUACAUUGUCUCUUCAGUGGUGUUCCUUUCAAGCAUAUGAGGCAUGGUGGUAUAUUUUUCCUUAAGAUAUGAAGUUCAUUUUUUUCUGUGAAAUUUAAAAUAUGCCAUUGGAAUCGAGGUUUCUAACAUUUCAGUUUACACAUACCCUAUCAGUAAUUAUAAAACAAAACAAUAAGCAUACUCAUCCUAAAAGUUGACAUGGUUGCAGACCAGCACUUAUUUAAAAACUGCUGUUUUACUGUUCAUGCAAAAUCAAUUUCUGGAAAGUCUUAUGUGCAAAAGUAAACUUUAGAAUUAUGCAGUUACCUCUCUUUAAAAGUUUAAUACUUAAAACAGGGAAAUGCAAAAGUGUGCCUUGCAAAAGUUUAAAAUACAUUGAUUGUUCAUUUAUGUUUGUUUCUUACAGGAGACACAUUGUUACAUUAUCUAGUUCUUGUCACAGGAUGUAUGUCUGUAGGAAAAAUCCAAGAAUCUGAAGUUUUUCGUGUUACUUCCACUGAUUUAAUAUCAUUACGAAUUGACCCAUCUGAUGAAGAACGCAUCUCUGAAGUCCGCAAAGUUUUGAAUUCAGGAAACUUUUAUUUUGCAUGGUCUUCUUCUGGGGUCAGUUUAGAUCUUAGUCUUAAUGCCCACCGUAGCAUGCAAGAACAAAGCACUGAUAACAGGUUCUUCUGGUGAGUUUAUAAGUUUUAGGAGUCUGAUACCGUGUGCCUUCGUAUUUUGAGUUGUUGAAUUUCUUGUCAUUGCACGUGUUAAAAUACUGCUUACAGUUCUACCUUUUUGAAAUAGUACUUCUUCAUAUAAAAUGGUUUUUAAUGUUUUUAUGAGUAUUAAUAUGGGCAAAUCACACACAAAUACAGUAUAUACACAGAAUGAACCAUUUUGCAAACUCAUGCUUAGCUGUUCUGGGAAAUACUUUACAAGUGUUAAAAGGAGAAGUGAAAAUCCAGUAUUUGCAUUAAGUUCAAAUGAUUACAGUCACAGAUACUAGUAACUUAAAAAUAUUUGUUUUGUGCUUGUUGAGAUAUACACAGAGAAUUCUGUUUCUUUUUAUAGAAUGGUCAUUGUUGUUAUAAUAGUGUAAACUAUUAGAUGCCUUGUCUAAUAUUCAAGGUUGUGUAUAUUUAGCGAAUUCUGUACAAGUUUAGCAGGAUAGAAUUUGAAAUUUGGUGAAAUUAAUUAUACAGGAUAAGAAUUUCAGUACUUUUAGAAAGCAAGUUCCUAAGGAAAAGAUAAAGAAAGCAAUGAUAACUCCUCCAGUUUUUAAACCCAAGUAACAUUCUAGUCCUACAUGACUCCAUGUUUCUUCCUGUGAUUAGAAGAAGCAGAAUACAAAGUAAGUAGCCUUUGUAGCUAAAACAUUUUCAGAAUUCAACGUUCUGCACAGAAUACAAAUUUCUUCUACUUGCAUGAUACAUUCAUGAAACAUGCAGAGCCCCAAGAAGCUGUUCACUUACCUCAGUGAAUCGUCUCUAACUGUCCAAGCUGCUUCUAAUAUACUAAUGACACUAGAUCUAUCUAAGCUGGCAAAGAUAGUGGAGAUUGUGCUUAAAAGUGGGGUUCACUGACCCCACCAAAAACCCCUGCUUUUAUUUGAACUGUGAUCACCUGGUAGUUUGAGUACCAGGAUUGCUUCUAUAGAGAAACACCAGUGGGCCCUUUGACUAUUUUUGGAGUGUCCCAGACACUUUUAAAAGGAUCGCCUCCCCAAAAGACACAUUCUGAACUGGGGUUUAGUACUGCUUUGGGAAUGCUGUGGUCUCUUGGUAACAUCAGGAACACUGUUCAAUAUCUGGAUCAGCAUAUUUAUCUGAGAUGGGUGUGGAUUGCUGCCCAGGGCUGUGACAUUUAGUUUCUGUACCAUCCACACAUGAAACUGUCAGAUGCAGGCAUCGAGGGGGAAAUCCUUUUUCAACUGGAGGUGAUUUUACUCAUGUGAAAUGUACCUGAUUGUUUCAGAUUUACAUGAUUUACGCUAACCCCACCCCCCAAAAAAACUCUCUGUAGUUCAAUAACCAGUAUCUUCUCUGAAACUGGAAGCUUGCACUGUGAGAAAUUCUAAUUUAUGCUGUCUCUUUAUGCUGCCACUUUGCUACUAGAAUGUGCAGGUUAGCCAGCCUAGUGAAACUGGACUUUCUGAAAUGUAAUUUGCUGAAUGUUUGUUUUUACCUUUUCCCUUAAUCUUUCCUGGACUAUGUUUAUUGCUUUGAAAAUCAUUACAGAAGACUUGCAUAAUUUAGAAUUGUUUUAAAUGGCUCUGUGUUCCACUUAAGCAUACUUGCUUAUAUAUGCAUGCCGUUAUGUUUACAAUGAUAUUUUAGUCUUCGAUGCUUCAUAUUUUAUAUUGAAAUUCCUCCAGCUAAUGUUAAUCUGAAUCACUUCUUCAAUAGGAAUCAAUCACUGCACCUUCAUCUUAAACAUUAUGGAGUCAACUGUGAUGAAUGGUUGUUGCGUCUCAUGUGUGGAGGAGUAGAGAUCAGAACAAUUUAUGCAGCUCACAAGCAAGCAAAGGCUUGCAUCAUUUCACGGUUAAGCUGUGAACGAGCUGGGACCAGAUUUAAUGUUAGAGGAACAAAUGACGAUGGUCAUGUGGCAAAUUUUGUUGAAACUGAACAGGUAUGACCUGUGCACUAUAUUACUGCUUUGUAUUAUUCUCACUAAACUAUACAAAUUGUGGUUAUGCAUUGCUUGGUACAAGGCGUGACAUCUAGUUUACAUAUUUAGCACAUAAGGCUAUUCCAACUUGAUUUCUACCUGCUGCCAACUGCAGUUAUUUUGUAUAUAAUAGUCUUGAACACAUUGGCUACCAAACCUACAUUUGUGGUAGACAGGUUGCACUUCUUGUAUCAUAACCAUGUUAUGAAAUGGUAAUGCUCAGUUGGUGAAAAUGAGGACUGUUUCCACAAUUCAGAUCUACCCCUUUGUUAAAAUUAAAAAACCAUUGUUGAGACAGAUGUGCGUAUCUCAUCCUUCCAAUCUUAAUAGUAGACAUCAGCACAUUUUCCAUGACAUGCUAAUCCAAGCCAUGGUUUAGCAUGGAUGCCUGGCUACACAGGUUCUCAGGGAUGUGGGGGUGGCUGCUUUGCUCUUCCCCAGUUUUUUUCUGCAGCAUUCACUAAGCCAUGGUAUAGAAAAUAUACAUUAUUUAUUUAUUUAUACAUACAUACAUACAUACAUACAUAAUGUUGUUUGUAAGCCACCUUUCCAUAGAUAAAAUCAUGCUCAAUGUGGCUUACAGCAUGAAAAAAUACAUAAUUACAAACAUAACAAAAGUAGUCAUAAGCAAUAAAACAUGCAAAAGGACACAAUCAAAUCAUACAAUUGUUGUAUUAUUGUUGUUAUUAUUAUUAAAUCAUAAUAAAGUAUAAAAUAAAGAUAUAAAAAAAUCAAAAUAUACAAAAAUCAGUGACAACACUCCCUGUGCCAACAAAAACCCUAAAUAACACCCCAACCCAAAAGUCUGUUCAGCAGCCUCAGCUUUUAUAUAUUUACAAAAUGUAUUAAUUGUUUAACAUUUAAACAUUUUGAAGCAAUGUACAACAGGGGUUUCAUAAAAUCAAAACAUAACAUAAAGAAGAGCAUAAAAUAUAAAAUAUUCUGCUGCUGUCACUGAGAUCCAACAGAACAGAUUAAGUAGUACACUAAUUGCCUGUAUACUGUAAGCCAUCAUUUAUCACAAUAUAUUAUUUCCACAGUUGCCUAUUUCAUAUGGAUUAAUACAUAGAUUAUGUAGCUAGAAAAUGAUCUCAUUUUUUUCAUUAAAAUCACUUUGUAUUGGAGCAACCUUGGUGCAAAGCUUUCAAAUUUCUUUUUUUUUGGCCUUAGAUGAUGUUGGGUCAGAAUAAGUUUUAAUGUGUGGGCAAAUGGCAUGGAAUAAUUUGAACAAAGUUUCUGCAUAAGGUAACUAAUUGCUUAAGACAACUAAUACAAUAAAUUUUAUUUCUCCAACAGGUGAUAUUUCUAGAUGAAUGUGUGUCAUCCUUUAUACAAAUUCGUGGAUCUGUUCCAUUAUUUUGGGAGCAACCUGGCUUACAAGUAUGAGGACUAUAUCUUUUCUCAAAUUGCAUUUCCCCGUAUUAGUUGAAGUCUUCUACCACCUUUUUCAAGAAUCAAAGCUCAGUAAUUUAAGGAGAACAUGUUAUACAUACAAAUCAGUGUCAUGUAGGACAUAGUAGGAAAACAUUGUUUAAAUUGCAACUGUUUGGUCAGCAGGAGUGAAAGUGGCUUCAAGCCUAUUCCUGUUUGCCUCAAGUGACCUUAAACUAUGUCGGCUCUUAGAUUUAUAUGAUUUUCUUUAUUUUUAUUGAUCAGAAAUGUACCUGACAGAGCAAUCCAAAACCCUGGCUGGGAGCAGUUGAUCCACCACUGCACCUGAAACCCUGGGAGAGGCAGGGUGUGUUGGGAGGACAGUUUCUUGGAGUGGGGGGUGCUGCACAGCUGAGGGACCCAAAGAUCCAUGGCACUUUGAGUCGUGGUCUCUGCCCCAAAAAGUUUGGGCAUCUUUAGUCGCAGGGCCCACUGUUGAAGGCCAGCAGGGAGACAGAUGUUCACCAUCCUAACUCCCCCAGCUAUCAACGUUUGGAGCAGGGAGUGGUAGUGGUAGGAUUGGAUUGUAAGUACAGUGGUACCUCAGUUUUUGAACUUAAUCCGUUCCGGAAGACCAUUCGAGUUCUGAAACGUUCGAAAAUCAAAAACUCAAAAUGGAAAUCUCAAUAUGGAAAACUCAGUACGGAAGCCACGUUUCCGGUUCAACUUCAGAGGCGCGUUCGAAAACCGAAGCAUUUACUUCUGGGUUUACGUCGUUCAAGUUCUGAAACAUUUGUCAGCGGAGACGUUCAAAAACUGAGGUACCACUGUGUUAUAAUAGAAGUGAGGAAAGAAAAAUUAAAAAAAUCAGAAGCACUAUGCUCUUGUGUCUUUUAAAAUUACUGCACAGUGUAAUAAUUUGAGGGCUUUAUUAAUAAAAUUUGAUUACAUCCAAAAGGUUUGUGGAACAAUAAUGCAUGCAAUUUUUUAAAAAACAACAUUCUUUCGUCUCAGGUUGGAUCUCAUCGUGUCAGAAUGUCAAGAGGAUUUGAAGCAAAUGCACCAGCGUUUGACAGGUAAAAGUCCUUUCUUCCUUCCAGCAGGAGCUAUUCAUUUUGAGUACUCUAGUAGGCAAUAUUUCCACGAAGUUCUUAAAUGCAUGAGUGACCCACUGGGAACGGGAUGAAAUAAUACCAGUAACUAAAGGUUAGCAUGUACAUUGUUAAACUAAAGUAACAAAUGAAAGGUUUAAAAUGAGAUUCUUAUGAACUUAAAAGCCAUAUUUCCAUUUUCUGUUGAGUGGGAUUCAUCUGUGUUAGGAGUGAAUUCUACAUUGUAUGUAAGUUGUCACAAUUCUUAUACUGGUUUUGGGUUUUCUCUUGUGGCUGAUUUCAUAAUUUCAUUCAUCCUUUUAGCUGCUCUUUUGCCUUUUCAAUAUAAGUGGUUAAAUAUGAUGUGUGUAUUCCAUUCAUUGAUUUAAAGAUGCUAUUUACUAGAUCCAAUAAUAAUAGAUUUCCCCCCACCUUGUAGGCACUUUCAUACCCUUAAAAAUCUAUAUGGCAAGCAAAUAAUUGUGAAUCUUCUUGGCUCAAAAGAAGGGGAGCAUAUGCUCAGCAAAGCCUUUCAGGUAAAAUAUGAUCUAGACCUAUUUUGUAAAGGAAAAUAUUGUCUCAUAAAUGGCAAAUAAUUAUCUCAGUUUCAGUAUAUAAGUAAUUUCAUUAAUGUUGUGUUAUUUGACUUUUAAUAAAAAGAAUGUGAUUUUGUAAAUCAAAAGCUGAUUAAGGACCACUUCAAAUGUAAUUUUCUUCAAGCAUAGCUCUGUCUAGAAAUUAAUAUAUUACAAAUAUUGUAAUAACAGAAUAGAUGUUAAAACCAGAAUAGCUGUUAAAACCAAUUGGCAGUAUCACAUUUUUUGCUACUACCAAAAUCUUGUUCCAUGACAUCUAUAUCCCAUUUGUUGCUAAUAUAUUUGUUUCUCCUUUCUUCCACCAACUUCCUCAGAGCCAUUUGAAAGCUUCUGAACAUGCUGAUGACAUCAAAAUGGUGAACUUUGACUAUCAUCAAAUGGUCAAGGGUGGAAAGGCAGAAAAACUACAUAGCGUUCUUAAACCACAGAUCCAGAAAUUCUUAGAGUGUGGAUUUUUUUACUUCGAUGGAAACGAAGUUCAAAGGUUUGGAUACUUGUCUUCUGUUACCAGAUACAGCUGGUUUAGCACUUUUGGAAAUGAAAGAAGAGUCAGAAAAGGGGAACUACUUUUUUUAAUAAAAAAAGUUGAGACUACUUAUUUAUGAGGAAAAUGACUGAACAUGCUGCAGCUGUAACACAUAUCCACAAUGAAAAUUCUGUCUUCCCUUCACUUGUUUGCUUUAAUCAGUUUGGUGUGGCACCUGCACCAAAUUUAACCAGGGUUUGAAGAAAGUUCUGAUUAAUACGUGGUUAAUCUUAGUGCAGUAAUGUUAAACAGGUGUUAAAACCAAGUAAAGGAGCUAUUCAUAUGGGGGUGUGUGCCUGUGAUCACCCUAGCCUUAAAACCAAAGUGCUGAGCUUUAGGAAUGGUCUGAUACAUUUUCAUAAAGCCUUCAAGCAAAAAGCAAAAGCUACAUUUUUUACUACCAAGCCAGAAUUAUUUUGUAUUUAUUUUGAAUUUCCAUAGAGCCAGUUAAAAGGGGGUAGUGGAAAUUAGAGUCUUUUGGCACUGUACUGUUUCUAAAAUUCAUUGAUUGCAGUGGGGGACGUGGAGUGAAAUCUGACAGUGUGUUUUUUGGCCUUUAAGUUGAGUUCUUAUGAAGUCAUUUAAUCAUUGUUGUUUUUUCAAAAUACCAUUCUUUUUAAAAAAGUAGAACAUUAUUCAAAAUUAUUCAUUUAUUAAAAUAAAUGAAUAAAUCUGAAUGUGCUAUGGCAUGGCUUUUUUAAUUUUUUUAACUCCAAAAACCUAGUGGGUAAAAUAGUGGGUAAAGCUUGUGUUGAUAGGUAUUUGGCUAAUGAUCAUACUUCUGUUUAGUACGUUGGUUAAAGUUAUGUUUAAAGUUUUGUGUGUUGUGUGCAAUUUUAAAAUUGUGUGUUUGUUGUAUACUUGGCACAGAACUCAAAGUGGUACUAUAAGAACAAACUGCUUGGAUUGUCUGGAUAGAACAAAUUCUGUGCAAGCAUUUGUUGGCUUAGAGGUAAGAAUAUAAAGGUAUUAUAUUUUAGAAGUGUUUUAAUGUUGACAUUUGAAAAGUUCACAUACUGUUCAGGUGUUGCUUGACCUGUGCUACUCUCACACUAUGGGAUUUCUUCUUCCUCUUCUCUUCCUGCAUAUCCUCAAAAUCUGCUUCAGAAGGUCCCCCAACCCUCUGCAACAGAUUUUGAGAGUACACAAGGGGCUGCUGGCAAGAGUAGGGGAAUUUUUAUUGCACAAGAGGAAGUUGGUUGCACAAGCAGAACAGCAGUGUUGGAUACUAUCAUAAUUAUUUCUUAUAUUAUUCUGUAAAGUGCCUUGUCCACUGAUAGCUUUAUAUCAAUUUAAAUUGUAUAAUCUAUAGUUUCUUAACCAGAUAAAAGGGAAAACCAAACCAAAUGAAAGCUUUCAAAAAUAAAAUGUUUUAAUACAGAUUUGUAUUUACCUUUGGUUUUGCCUUCCACAUUUUUGCAGAUGCUGUCAAAACAGCUAGAAGUUUUAGGUUUAGCUGAAAAGCCUCAAUUGGUUACUCGAUUCCAGGAAGUUUUUCGCUCCAUGUGGUCUGUUAAUGGUGACUCAGUCAGUAAAAUAUAUGCUGGAACUGGAGCUCUUGAAGGAAAAGCGAAGGUAAGUAAUGUUUUUAGUAGUAAAAUUUGAAUAUUGUAAUUCUCAAGGGCCAAAUAGUGUUCUUGUUUACAACUGUUAUUUUCCAAUCUUUUAAGUGUCUGGGUAUGAGUUUUCCAUUAUUUCUCACUGUUUUCUACUGAAUGUUGAAGUGGGCUCUGUUUUUAUCUACUAGUCUUGAAUCUUCAUGUUUCAACUAAAAACUUCACUCACUUCAUUCCCUGCAGUGCUUUAUUUAACUUUACUCAUUUAUCCAAAGUUCAUCUAAAAUGUCUGAUCCAAAAUUAAGGUUUAUUCCUAGGUUUUGUAGAUGAAGCUAUUACCUUGAACCCCACAGUAACUUAUUAGUCCUGAUAUUAUUAUUUUAGAGUUAUUUCAUUCAAGUUCAAGUGCCAAAAAAUUUUCUGCUGAUACAAAAAGCAAUAGUGAUGCUGACACAGGCACCAGUAGCUGGUAGUUGCCAGUACUCAAACCUAGAGUUCCAUGCAAGUUGCCUUUAGUUGGGUAGCGUGUGUAUUAGGGCUGAGUGAUGUAUCGAUAUAUCAUCCAAAACCAGUUUGAAGUCUGUAUUGUGAUAUCAGUUCCAUAAUUUUUGACCUGGCAAUAUAUCGUGAAUCAUGAUGUGUGUGUGCACGUGUGCUAUGCAAAAAUCACGAUGUGGGGAAAACCGUGAAGCCAGCCAAUUCUUCUUUCAAUUCCUUCAGCCCCUGUUAACUCAACCAGCUCGGCUCUCCCCUGCCUCAUGCAGGAGGCAGCAAAUCACAAGAGCAGGCACCGGUGAAUAUCACAAUGCAGGAAAACCCGUGAAGCCAGCCAAUGCCUCUACAGAGCUCCAUCCUUAUUUCAGACAUCGUGAUAUAUUGCUAUAUCACCAUGUUUAGCUGGUGAUAUAUCAUGAGAUUGAAAACCAGCUAUCACCAAGUCCUACUGUUCGCUUCUACAUAGUUCCAUCCUUAUUUCAGACAUUGUGAUAUAUCAAUAUAUUGUGAUAUUUAGCCGGUGACAUAUCACAAUGUUGAAAACUAGAUAUCACUCAGCCUAGGUUGUGUGUUAUAUCACACAACAGAAUUUGAUACAGUAUUCUUAGCUAUGGUUUUCGAUGUAUUUUGCUUGUGGCCUUGAAGAAUUGUAUCUUUCCCGGGCACAAGUGUUAAACAGCAGUUUUACAAUAUUUUCAUUGCCGGUUUUUGUCUGUUAGUACUUUGCAUGUGGGAAUGGUGGUUUCUUAUGGGUUGUAUCCAACUAACUCAUUGUGUCCAUAGACUGAAUCUGCAAGUGCAGCAGAGCUUCCCUUCCCUCUCCUCUCCAUGCACUUCCCAGAACUGUUUUGGUCCCCCCCCCCCCCCACAACUAUCCAGAGCAGAUUUGGGAGCGGUGCAAGAGUAAGACUGGGAAAGGAAGUUCCACUGCACACACAGAACUUGUUACGUGCAUGCAGUGAUUCAACUGGGUGAAACCUCUGCAGUUUAAUCUUAAUUGUAUUCACCUUUUCAAACUACAACUAACUUGAAAUGUGUGUUUAACAGUGAUUAUUUCAAAUUUUAAGUACUAUGUUACUAUUUAACAUCUUAACUAACUUUUCUUUUGCUUUCCUUUUGGUUCAUUUCAAUUAUUUACCUGAUAUGUAAUUGGUGAGUGUAAUUCCCGAAUACUGCUAAAUGUUGAACAUUGUAAGUGUUUAAAUAUGUAUCGCGACCCAAAUUAUUGAAGGUACAAAAUGCUAAAGAUUUGGUUUUAAUGACUAGAUUCUCCUAUACUGAACCUAAUGACAUUUUUAAAUAGAGUUAAUUUGUUAUUAUAUGUGUGGGUUUUCUUUUAAAAAUACUGCCUGUGAACUAAAGAACUAGUUCAAACAGGAUUAAGGGCUUGUCAUGCUCAGUAGAGUAUUUGACAUUGAACAUAUCCCCAUGCCAUAUCACAAACUGGUUUUGAAAUUUCCUUUCAGUGGCAAAAGUCCUUUGGCAUGACGGACUGUUUGAAAAACCCAAGCCCAAAUCCCGUUCAUUGCAGGCAGCAGUCCUCAUGAGCUGGAAGUCUUCAGUUUCAAAAUAUACAUGCAGCACUUGUAACAUAUAAAUCAGCAGCAAAAUAGACAGCAGCCAAAAGUAGAUUUUUGAGCAUACAGCAUAGCUAGCCUGAUUUCUAAAACGUAAUGAUUGGGUAGAUAGAAAUGCAAUUUCAAUUUAUUCAGCUAGUAUAUUUUUAUUUUGUGCAUAUGGAUAUGUACCAGUACACAUGCAUAUAAUAUACAUAUUAUCAUAGCAUAUUGAUUUGUGUAUAGUAUUUCCAUACACAUUAAUGUGUCAAUAAAGCUCUGUAUAUUGCCACUCAAUAUGUGCUUUGAUUGUUACUCAUUCCAUAGCAGAAGUGACAAUUCCUGUAAAAAUAUAGCAUUUAAAAGGACUGGAUAUUUUUAAAGCACAUUUCUAAAAUAUAUUUGCAUGCAAUAUAUACAUACCUUGUGUGUGUCCAGUGCUUGUACACACCUCACUAUUUUGGGUAAAGGCAAAGUAUUGCAUGGCUGCUCUGUGUGACUUAUGUCCGCCUCCCAUUCUCUGCAAAAUUCCUUGGGUUGUGUUUAUAUUCUCAUCCUGCAAAAAAAAAAUUCUACUGCAGCAUAAACAGAAAUGAAAUUGGUUUAAUACCAGCUUGUUAUUAAUAGAUUGCAGCCUAAAACUCUAUGCUAUUUGCCAGUGUUCUGUAAGUAACUUGAUAAAAUAUUUAUACAUAUUCCUCCCUAACAGGCUGGAAAGCUGAAGGAUGGUGCACGUUCAGUGACCAGAACAAUUCAAAAUAAUUUUUUUGAUAGCUCAAAGCAGGAAGCUAUUGACGUUUUGUUGUUGGGAAAUACCCUAAAUAGUGAUUUAGCAGACAAAGCACGGGCUCUCUUAACCACCGGCAGUUUACGUGGUAUGUGUUUCUAGGUUCUUAAUUUAUAUGGCAACAAUUAGUACUAAUAAUGCUGUGGUUGGAUCCAAAGCUGCCCUUCUGCACUUGCAGAGUUGUUUUACAUCUUGUGCUGCUGCAUUGUGUAAGAAAACUGCAUCUAAAUGCAAAGACUUUCUUCCCUUUGCGCAGGCUCUUGCAGAAGGGUGAGAACUUCUUUAGAGCCUCCUUGUUCCAUCACUGCACAAUUUAUUCUGCUAGCACUUGUGGGCCAUCACUAGCAUCCAUUUUCUUUCUUCUUGCAGUUUUUGGAUCCAUCCUGAUACAUUCUGUGUUCAAGUAAAACUAUUAUUAAUGUCAUCUUAAUAGCAAUCUGUUUAUAAAUAGUCUGCUCUUUUUAAACUAACAAUUUUGGAUUAUUACUAUUGAAGAAUCUAGUAGGAUAAAGGAAUGAAUACUUUCCUAAUCAGAUUUAUUAGAUAAUAUGCAUUACUUUAUGCAUUCAUUGUUAAAUAUCUUAAGAACAUGUAUAACAAUAAAUGCUUAUACUUUAAGGCUUGAGCAUCUAGAUAAUCUGAUUUGGAAGUCUCAAUGGUACUUGCAAAGCUCGGUAAACAAAAUUUUGCAGUUCUUUUCAGGGGCGUGUGGCAUUACAAAGUCAUUGUGAAGUAAUGGAAUAAUACGUGAGAAGCUAAAGUUAGGAACUGCUUCAUAGUGUCUAGAUGUUUAAGAGUGAGUGGUGUAAUUCCGCAGCAACGUGAUCUAACUGUUCAAAGUUGACACACAAAAGGGUGCCUAAAGUGUCCUGGAAACUUAAACUGUUGCUUGGUUAACAUAUAACACCUCAACUAAUUUCUUUUCUUUUCUCCAAAUGCAUUCAUAGUUUCAGAGCAAUCAUUGCAAUCAGGUAUAGUAUAGCACCCAUUUGGGAUGAAAUGUUAUCAUGUUAACUUUCUCUAUUUUUUUUCUCAUUCUGAAAUACAUGCAUACAGGAGAAUCUUUUUUAUGUAUUUGGUUGGCAGUGAGAUGCACUACAAGCCACUUCAAAUGAAAAGUGGCAGGCCACUUCUUCAUCUUAUGCACUCAUAGAGUGGUUUGCUGGCAGGUCAGACCUCUCUGCAAGCCUUGAGGAGGAAGAAAGAGAAUAGGGUCCUCCUGUUUUCAUAUGGUCCUGCACAGUGCUUUUUUUCUGGGGGGGGGGGGGAUGCAGGGGUAUGCCUACCCCUAAACAUGGGUGCAGAUUCCACCUGAGUUAAAUCAUUGGGUGGUCUAGCUCCGUAUUGUCUUUACUGAUUGGCAGUGGCAUCUUAGAUAUUUGGACAGGAGUAUUUCCCAUCUACAUGCAGAUGCUGAGGCUUGAACAGGGGACCUUUCGCAACACAGGAAAAAAGCUUUGAAAUAUUGGGUUGCAAGACAUUGAGAAAUGGUUGCUUGCAAGUGAAGACAAGUCCCUUGCAUGUUCCUUUGUAUGUUGCUUUCCAACACAGAUCCAAAGAAUCUGGUUGGAGGGCGUGGGAGGUGGGUGAAGGACACACUUGACCAGGUGUGGUUUGUCAGCACAGGCAUGAACAGUAGAAAUGUUGACCUGGGAUGGGAACUGUAUGAGUGACAGGUCCCACUACUUUAAAAAUAGAGUGGAAGUGGCAUUGGGAUGUCUUUGCUUUCUGCCUAGCCAUGUAUUCUAGUUUCUGCCAAGGUGCCUUUUGAGCUUUGUAACCUACCUCCCAUACUGAUGCAGAAGUUGUGUUCAGAAUUCUUUUGAAAAAAAACUUUUGGGGUUUCCUGAGCUUGAAAGUUCAUCUGAGGGUGUGAGCCAGGACACCAUUCCUAACUGGAGAUGCUGGGGAUUGAACCAGGGACCUUUUGCAUGCAAAGCAUAUGCCUAUCAUAAAACUAUGGUCCUUCCCCAUACAUCUUCCCUGCCAGCAUGUCUGAAAUCAAUAAAGAUGAGAGGCAUGCUCUGCAGACGCUUUGGGCACAUUAUUCCCCGCACCCCCUUGAGAGGAGUGGAGGCAGCACAGAUUGAUGUCUAGAAGUUUGCUUCUUUACAUUACAGUAUUUUUAGACCACCAGGCACCAUGAUCUAAUGUAAUGGAAGGGGGUGGGGGCUAACCUGUGGUGUUCUAGAUAUUGUUGGACUAAAAGUCCCAUCAGCCCUAACCGCUGGCAAUUCCAGCUUGAUCUGAUGGGAGUUGGAGUCUCAACAUCAUCUGGAGUGCCACAUCACCUGCAGGUUAGACCAUAAUCAGUUAUGGAUUGAAAAACUUACUCUCAGUAUUACACAGAUACUUAACAAAUCAUAGGCUGGCUUUGAAUGUCUGUUUUGAGUAACUAGUUUUAACUUUCCAUUGAUAAUUUUAUUGCUUUAUUCAUUUUGUAAACCGCUUUGAGUUUUUUUCUUGCAAUCAGUGGUAUAUAGAUUUGAUGAAAUAAAUAAAAAAUACAUUAUUGUGGGUAUGAAUUUUUGAAAAGUAACUUCUGUGGUAUGUCUUUAACCCAUGAAAAAACGGAGUUGCCAGUAUUCAAAAGAUUCCUUGAGCUAUUGCACUCAGGCAUAUAGUUGGUCUUUCUAGCUUUCUCAUAGGGCCACAAGAUCACUAGUAAAUUUUAAAAUUGAACAAGUUGGCAUAAUAUUUGAAACUCUGAAAUGCCCUAUUUUUCCAUUACAACUUGAGUGCUGUUGACCAAGACUACAUUUCAAAGAAAAAAUUGUAGGGGGAGGAUUUCCCUUAGGCAAAUGAAUUUCAAAUAGAAUAAACUAUGCCCAAUUGACUGAAAUACACGUAUGCAUAUUCAUCCUACUAACAGAAUAACUAUAUUGUACAGCCAAAGGGCAUGAACAACAGAAAGUGGUGUGCUGUUUUUUAAAGAAACAUAAUUGCAAAAUUUUCAAAUGCCUUAAAAGGGAUCUGGUUAUUGCAUAUUCUGUUAACUUGUGUUUACUAAAAUACACCAUAGUAGUUUUACAUGCUAUAAUAAAAAUACUGCCUUAUCCCUAAAACAUUGUCAAUUUUAAUAGCUGAAGUCUCUCUGAGAAGCAGUUCAGUGUAAGAACUUAUUGACAAUAUCCUCUUUGCCUAUAUGUUAGCUUUAUUUCUAUGAACAUUCUUGUUAAUAUUAAACCGCUGAAAUGACUUGAUGUGUUUUUCUGUAUUAGAGAAGGGAUAAACUUAUAGACAUAGUAGAAAACUCAAAGAUCCAGCUUACUGCAUUCAGAGUUAACUACCUAGCUGAUGUUCAUGCUGCUUCUAUUGGUAUUUUUUCCUGAUUUGCUUUAGCUUCUUGAUUUAUGAAGUUUGGCUUUAUUCUGGUUUAUGGGCUGCAGAUGGAGAAAACAUUUGGGGUUUGAUCCAGAGAAAAGCCUGCGCAAGGGACUAGGAAGCUGUCACUCCUAGAGGGAGUCUGCUGAAUGGUGUGGGUUGCGGUGAAGGGGAAUGAGGGGAAAGGGGCAGAAUAUCUGAAUAUCAGGCAGAGGCACCGCAUCCACGCAUGAAAACUCCUUCCCAUUUAGCAAGCACUCUUGGGAGCACCUUCGCAGGGGGUUGGAAAGACUAUUGGGAUGAGGAGGGGAAAGGAAAGCCAUAUUUUACCAGCCUAGCUAUGCAUGCAUUCCUCUGGAUUCAACCAAUAGUAGUUUCUACCAAUGUAACUUGAACGGAUUAAUCUAGAGAGAGUAGCUGUUUGAUCAUUUUUAAGCUAAAAGAGCCCUGCUGCCACCUGUUUCCUCAUCAGUGUUCUACAGUUUGUUAGAAGACUUGGUUCAUACAAUAUAUACUUGAAGUAAACCCUUAAGAGUUCAAAAACAAGUUAAGGCACAAUUUGCACCUCAAGAAAGUGGGAGGAGAACUGUCCCAAUAACAUUACUUUGAUAAAUGAUGAAGUGCAUGUUUGAAGCACAGUACAUGUGCAAGCAAUUUUAACCUAAAAUAAUUACAGUUGGAUUAAUAGGCUGUUUAAUUACAUACAAUGGAUAACUUAAUUUGAAAACUUACUGUUAAAAUAAAUUUACUCCAUUUGAUACUAUCUAUUCAAAGAAUAAUUCAGACAUGGAGCAAAGCAUGUUGGGAAUUGAUUAUUGUUAUACAGAACUAACUGAAAUAUAAAAAGGAUUCCAAUUUUAAAUGUUUUGAAGAACAUAUUAUUUAUUAAAUUUAGAUACUGCCCUUCAUCUGAAGAUCGCAGAACAAUUUACAGCAAAAAAAUACAAUAUAUAUAUAUAUAUAUACACAAAAUACACAAAACUUAAUAUUGGAUAAUCAGGAGAACUAUCAUUUAAAAACAAAUGGAACUAUGUCAACUGAGCAGUGCAUGUCUUUUCAAUAAAUUGCUAUCCUGAUCAGUAACUUUUUAAAAUGUAAAGCUUACAAUCUUAUCUGUCACUUGCUGACUUCUGUGUAAGCAAAUCAGUCUUAAUAUUCCUUUUGUAGCAUCAGCAAAAAUACUGAAGAGCAUGUGUGAGAAUUUUUAUAAGUAUUCAAAGCCAAAAAAAAUUCGCAUUUGUGUUGGAACAUGGAACGUCAAUGGCGGAAAGCAGUUUCGAAGCAUUGCCUUUAGAAACCAGACUCUCACUGACUGGCUUUUAGAUGCACCAAAGGUAGCUGGCAUCAGUGAAUUCCAAGGUGAGAGUCCUUACCAUGUUAAUCAAUUUGGGUUGGAUUUUUAGCCAUUCUGAUUUUUGUCCUUCUGAAGUAAUUACCUAAACCUCAUAUGUUAAUUCAGAUCGACGGAGUAAGCCGAUUGACAUCUUUGCUAUAGGAUUUGAGGAAAUGGUAGAGCUAAAUGCAGGAAACAUUGUGAGUGCAAGGUAAGUGUCACUGUUAUGGAAACUACAGAAGCAAAUUAAUCAGAUUUUGUCAAACUUUCAAAAUUUAUGUGAAAGUUUACUGCAGUACUAAAUACUUCAAAACCUAAUCAUCAAAGCUUGAACACAGGAUUUGUCUGGGUGUCUAGCAAGGCUUUAAUCUUUUUUGCUACUGGCAGCCCAUACGCAACAUACCACAAGCUAGUUUUUAAACUGCCAAUAGCAUCACAGAACAUUUUGCAGUAUACCAAGUGGGGAUGGGGCCUGGGGAGGGGGAGAGACACAAAACUAUUUUAAAAAGCAAUGUUUAAUGUAGCAUUAUGAAUGCUUUCUUAUGAAUUGCAGCCCUACAUUGGUUUGUGCUGGCUCCAAAGUAGUAAGUCAAAUGAGAAAAGGUUAUUUUGUGAACCAGACUUCAACUAAGCAGCCCUCCUUUUUAAAAGUAUUUUUAAAAGGAAUAUAUUUAUUCCUACUGUACUAUAAGGCUGCAGAGGCAUGAGUGAGCAUUUUCCAGUGCAAAGCUUGUACUCUGAUAGAUUUAGAGUCCCGUCCCCAUGCAAUGCAGUGCGGGGCUUGAACCCACAACCCUGCUCUACCAACUGAAUCUCAUGCUCUACCAACUGAGCUAUCCAAGGAAUUGGUGUUACAAUGUGAUUCUAGCUUGAGUGUGGGAGGUUUCCAUGUGUGUUCCUGUUCCUUCUAUUGCUCAGCAGGAAAUGAGAACAGCAUUUUAAAAAAAAAAAAAUUCUUCAAGUCUCCCCCUCUGCUGAAUCUCAGUUUCAUUUCCAAUUUGGAUAAAAUGUUCUUGCAAGUUGCCCUUGCUAUAUAGUUUUUAUUUUUUGUUUUUGUUUUAACAUUAUCUGGUAUUCAUUGUAGCACACACACAAGAGCAGUCUCUUUGUUCUCUUUGGCAAAGUUUGUGAGCACUUGCAUGCUGUAAAAACUUUUCUUUUUCCCACACUGGCAGUACAACAAAUCAAAAAUUAUGGGCUGCUGAAUUGCAAAAGACCAUCUCCAGGGAUUGCAAAUAUGUUCUGCUGGCUUCAGAACAGUUGGUGGGUGUUUGCCUUUUUGUAUUCAUCAGACCUCAACAUGCACCAUUUAUCAGGUCAGUAAAUUGACAUGCUGAAACAUAUUUCAGGUCAUUUAAAGUGAAACAAGUGAUGUUAACCUAAAACCUUGUAGAACUGCUGCCAGUCACUGCAGACCGUACUAGGCUAGAUGGACCAACCGUCUGACUUAGGAACAUAAGAAACUAUAUUUUCUUUAAAAUAUAAAGCAGUAUAGACAUUAAUAGUAGUAGUAGUAGUAAUUAAUAAUAGUCAAAAGCAAAUGUUUCUUUGAGAAUGGAUUUGUUCAUGUUUAAUAUCUGCUUUAAAAUAACAGAAGUCAUUUGCUAGCGGCAGGAGAAGCACUGUCUUGUUUGACUAUAAUCUGAAAACCCUAAUAAACAAUGGCUGGUGUUACAGAUAGAGACAUGCCCUUUGCUAUUCUGGUUCCAUUGCAAAAGAUCCUGGCAGGAAUUAAUUGAAGCAUAUGGGGUUUGAAGCUGAAGUAGGAACCUGGUUAAUCUUUGCAGUUGCAGAAGUCUAAACUUGCCAGAUUGCCAUGGUAAAUUGGCAGAAGACUUCAGUGCCAGUAUCCCUUGAUAGUACACUGCACGACUGUUGAAUUAUGCUCAUUUGUUUCCAUGCCAGUUCACCAACUUCCUGUCUGAAAAAUAAGAAUUAUGCAUAAGUGAUUUGGCAGGAGAACUUCUGAAAAAUGGGUAAUAAUUUGCUUUCUUCCAGCUGCCACAAAUAACAAACAUAGGCACGUGCAGGCAAAGCAGCAUAAUUUAAUCUUCAAAAAUUAAAUUGUUUUAAAUAUAAUUGAAGCUGGUAGAAGCUCUUGCCAAGAUUUUGAAAACUCAAAUGAACUUAUUUUACAUUUCAUUCUUAGGGAUGUUGCCGUUGAUACUGUAAAGACUGGCAUGGGAGGAGCUACUGGUAAUAAGGGUGCAGUAGCAAUUCGAAUGCUGUUUCAUACUUCCAGCCUUUGCUUUGUAUGCAGUCACUUUGCUGCAGGACAGUCACAAGUCAAAGAGAGAAAUGAGGAUUUCAUGGAAAUAUGUCGAAAACUGAGCUUCCCAAUGGUAAGGAAUAAUUCAGUCUCUCAUUUUAGAUAGAAUUGUAGAGUUGGAAGGGAGCCUAUACCUAAAAAACAUACUUACUCCCAAUAUGUACCUUUAUCCACUUCUUUUCCAUAGUUGUAUGGAAAUAGUUCCAUUAUGUUUUACCUCUAUGUUGUUACCUCUGUGAGAUCAACAGUUAAGAUUCAUCAUUUUUAUGACGUUAGCACAAUAUACUUCAUCUUUAUGGUGACGGCAUUAUGAUAGAGAUAACAUUUUAAAUUUCCAGAUGCAAGUCUAUAGUAUAAACUCUUCACAUGAAUUUGAUAAAUUUCUAACUCAUUUUUGUGUGUAGUGUGUUUGCAGCCCAUGAUUGCACUCAUCCUUACAACUUGAUGAGGCAGUCCGAGUCAUCACAUAAUAACUUUACUAAAGAAUGAACAUUCUUAUUAAUGCUCCCCUUCAUAAAAGGCACUGUGUAACAGGACAAUACUGCAUGUCAGUCUCUUUCAGCCUGCUUGUCUCAAAGGUUUAUACUGAGGAGAAAUGAUGGGAUUAUGAUGAGCUCUUAGGGGGUAUUAAAACGUAAAUAACAAUAGCAACUAUGGCUUUUUAAGUAAAGACUGACAAAAUAUGGAUUUUAUUUAUUUUUACAAAGCUGUAAAUACAGAUGUCAUUUUAUUCAACUAGGGGUAGCACUUGGGUUCAUAAUUAUAUUUAGUUGGAGUUCUUUUUUUUCCUUUUUCAGGGAAGAAUGCUGUUUUCCCAUGACUAUGUAUUCUGGUGUGGUGAUUUCAAUUACCGUAUAGAUCUUCCUAAUGAGGAAGUAAAGGAACUAAUUCGGCAACAAAAUUGGGAUGCUCUCAUUGCAGGCGAUCAACUUGUUAAUCAGAAAAAUGCUGGACAGGUAACAUCUCAGGUUUCCUUUAGUGAGGUGUUUGUUCUGAUGUAGAACCUCAUAUAGAUCUUGACAACCUUCAUUUUGGUAUGGUUCCUGGCUGGAGGCAGGUUGCGCUUCCAUUACCUCUUUGAAGUGCAUUCAUGCACUCACACAUCACUACCACCACUCUGCUCCGUAUGUAGAGUGGCACAUCUGACUGCCCUGCCAUGUCUAGUUUCGUUCAUAGUAAUCUCAUGUGCAUAGAACACGUAGCAGAUCAUUGAAAAGGCUAGGUCACAACUCUUCUCUCUGCCAUGCUUGUUCUUUGGAGGGAAUUUUUUUUUGGUAGGGAAAAACAUUGUCUUGUAAGUCCCAAUCAGGUACAGCCCAGACAGUUCAUUCAGAGCUAGGGCUGUGAAUGAAGAGAAGAUGAGGUUUGUAGGAACAGCUUUAAUUCAUAGGUUGCAGUCUCCCUAGUUACACAACAUUUUGUAGCACUGUUUUGCUUCUGGAUUAGUCACAAUAUUGGGGGUCCAUGUUGUAAAAGUGGACUAGAGUGUAUUUCACCAGGAAAGCUGAGAUCAAUUGUAGUGGAUCUAUAUAGCCAUCAUAUUGUUCUGCUGUAAUGUGUUCUCUGUGUGUGGUCUUUUGACUGACUUGUUAGAAGCUUUAGUUGUUGGGGCCAUAUUAUAAAGUUGCUGCAGACUUACCAUAUGUGUUCCUUACAAGCUGUAUAUCAGCUAAAGUUUUAUUAAAUUUCCUACAGAUAUUUAGAGGCUUUCUAGAGGGAAAAAUAGCCUUUGCUCCUACAUACAAAUAUGACUUAUUUUCGGAUGACUAUGAUACCAGUGAAAAAUGCCGUACACCAGCCUGGACAGAUCGUGUGCUGUGGAGGAGAAGAAAAUGGCCUUUUGACCGAUCAGGUCAGAUAAUAGUAUUGAAUAUUAACCAGUGCAAAGUGACAAAACAACUUUUGAUAGAACAGUAGUAUGAUUUUUAAACAUUCAAGUUUUUAUUUAAUACUGAAAUAAUUAAGUUGUUCAUUUAUUAGGAUAUCGGCUAUAGUAGUUAGCCAUUCACAAAAUACUGAUUUUCUGCAGAAUUCAUGGCCAUUUCACCCUUUUGUACAUGGAUAUGCUUGCCCAAAUUAAUGAAAGGUAUAUAAAGUACUUUGAACACUUGAAACGAGCUAUAUAAAUGCCAAGUCUGAAGUACAAAUUAUUCACUUUUCAUAUAUUCACUCUUCACACUUGCUGCAGCCCAUGUGUAGACUUGUGCAGUCUUUCUUAAAGAAGCAAAAACAAAGGCCCAAUAUUCUCCCAGCAAGCAGUUAAGGGAAACAUACAGAUUUUCUUCUCAUUUGAAGAGGUGACCUUUCUUUGAGUAUAAAAUGAAAUAUAAAUCUCUCCUUCUCACAGGCUUCUUCUCCCCUUUGUUUCUUUAUAUUCUGAAUAUUAUAGCAUAUUCAUAUAAUUUCUUAUAUGACUUUUGCAGCGGAAGACAUGGAUCUUCUUAAUUCCAGUUUUCACGAUGAAAGUAAACAUAUUUACACAUGGAGUCCUGGAACUUUGUUGUAUUAUGGAAGGGCAGAGCUGAAAACAUCUGAUCAUAGGUUUGAAGUUGGCCUUUUGUAAUACCUUCUAAUAUUUUAAAAAUCUAUUUUUUGAUGCUCCUCAGCCAUUGAUGUGCAUCCUUUAUUUAUGUUUUUGCAGGCCUGUUGUUGGGUUGAUUGAUAUAGAUAUCUUUGAGGUUGAUGCAGAGGAACGACACAAAAUUUACAAGGAAGUGAUUGCAGUGCAGGGACCACCUGAUGGUACUAUAAUGGUCUCUAUCAAAGGGUCUUCAACAGAAGAGAAUUAUUUUGAUGAUGGCUUGAUUGAUGAACUUCUUCAAAAGUUUGCAACUUACGGUGAAGUUAUACUCAUAAGGUUAGAGCAACUUCAUAUCAAGGACAUUUUUGUAGAGGACAGCUUGGGUAUGUCCUAUCCUCGUUGUCUCCUUCACAACAAACAGGGAAGAGAAUGUUGGUCACUUGCAAUGCAAGUUCCUUCUGGUGUUUGUAGGAGGCAUUCAGUCCUCACCUAACCUAACCUGACUCUGGUACUCAUUUUGGCCAUAGCCCAACUGUGCUCCAACAUGUGCUAGCGGAUACCACUUUCCCUUUUUGCCGUCUCAUAAGGUCAGACUCUUAGGUAUACUCUAUUCUUCAGCUUGGCCACUGGCCAGAACUGAGGAGGAGCCUCUGAAUGAGGCCUAGUCUACAAAGUUAGGUAACGUGAUCCUUGCCUGUCCUGGGGAAUACCAGGUGUUAAGCCAUACUAGAUACUUCCUGCACCCAAACCAAAAGGAACAUUCAUGACAAGUGAAUAAUGUUCCAUUCAGACAUCCCAAGAAGAGUUGUAGUCUUAGCGGGGGGUGGGGGGGAUAGAAGCAGCAUGGUUAAUGUAAGGAGGAUUUGUAAGUGAACCAAAGGGAAGGCAAUGGUGACUUUUUGAAUAAAGGGUUACUUGACUCUAGUUGGGGUUUUUUUGUGCUAGUUGGAGGGUCAGGACCUUCAAGAACAGCAAAAUGUUACCCUGAUUGUAUCAGGAUAAAUGAACUUGAGAUUUUGAUUAGCAAACUUCUUAGCCCAAGACACACAGGACCAUGAUACAGUUUUGUGCAUGUCAGUAGGGUAUGGUGAGCAGUCCUGCAAAGGCACCCUGUACUAGAUAAUCAGCUCUUACCAAUCUUUGUCUUUGAGACCACAAUAGAAACUUGGAGGCAAGGUGGGUGCUCAGUGACAGGAGUAUAAAUGUUUGCUUUAUGAUUUGUCAUUUUAACAUUGGCUAUAUUUCACAGAUUUGUAGAAGACAAAAUGUGGGUGACAUUCUUGGAAGGGAGCUCUGCUUUAAAUGUUCUUAACAUGAAUGGCAUUGAGGUAAUAAGCAUUUUUAUGUGUAUUCUGCUAUGUUGCAGUGUUUUAUGCAUAUUGUGAUCUUUUACUUAUUCCCCCCCCCCCAAUAUAUAUAUAUUUAUAAAAGGAAUUCUGUAUCACCAUAUCAUAAAAUAUUAGGGUGGUGUACAAUGCUGAAACAUAAAAUAUCAUUAAAACAAUACAAAUAAUCAGUAAACUGUCUGGCUAAUAUAUUUUUAAAAAAUAAUAAUAAUCAGGCAACCUGAAGCAAAAGCAUUUGUAGUGCUUUGUGGAGCUUGCAGAGGACAAUCAUUUUCUUUCCCACUCUGCUGUGUUACAUAGUGCUAGAAGCCUCAAGUUCAGGACUUUCAGCUUUGAAACACAGUGCUUUAUUUCUAUAUAGCUGAAGUGGGAAAAUAUAGUUUGCAUGGAGGAGAAUGUUUGUACCUUCAUGACUCCCCUCCCUCCUAAUGCUCACCUCCAACAGGUCAGCUAAUUCCCUCCCAUCUUUCUCCAAUUUCCUUUUGUGUGUGUGUUUCCAACUGAUACCUGUUUUUAAUGGACACACCAUAGAUUAAAUUACUUGACUCAUUGUCUGACCAACUUCCUGAUCCUUUAGACCAUAGAUUCCCCCCCCCCACCCUGGAUUGAAGUGAGAGCUGUCAACAGAGGAUUGAAAAACAUGUUUUUUUACAUAGGUAUGCUUGAGCAGCAGCAUGUUAUGUGUCCUCCAUAAAAAGUUGCUGUCAAGCAAGUUACAUCUUUGGCAGUCAAUGCAAAACUUUUCAGAAACAAGAUUUUAUAAAACAUUUUCUUAACUAUAUGCCUUUUAACAUUCAACACAUUCUCACAGGGCUGUUCUGUUGUUAAUUAUUUAAUGCACAAACUUCACCUGUGGAUGAGUUUCAGGUUGAGCAAAUUCAGCCUCCCAUUAUAUCAUGAGGAAGAAUCUUACUUCUGUUUUCACUGUUAGAAUUAGAAUUAUGACUUAUAUUUGUAGUUUUUUAAAGUAGUUGCACAAACCAUAAUCAAUAAUUAUAUUAAUUAUUCUCUGAUUUGUUUGAAAUACAGCUGCUUGGGAGGACAAUCAAUAUUAAUUUGAAAAACCCAGAUUGGAUUAAGAGCUUGGAAGAAGAGAUGAGUCUGGAGAGAGUGAAUAUUGCCUUGCCUUCAUCAACAAGUUCCACUUUACUUUGUGAAGAUGUGGAGGUUUCAGCAGACUAUGAUGAUAUGGAAGGUUCGUCGAACUCAAACUUAAAUCUAUACUCUAACUAGGUUUCAUCCAUUAUGCAUAAUCUUACAUUAUAAAAGUUUGAAUAUUGAUAUUUUGUAGGAAAGUGGUAGCAGCUCUAGUAGAUUUUUUUUUAAAGCUCUAUUUGCUAUAUUUAUUGCAAUACAACUUGACAGAUUUGUAGUUCUGUUUACUUAAUAAUAUUUUACUUUGCUUCAAGGUGAUGUUGAUGAUUAUAGUGCUGAAGUAGAAGAAAUUCUUCCACAGCAUCUACAACUAGCAGGAGGUUCUGGUCUUGGAGCCUCACCUGCCUCUUCCCCUCGUUCAAGCCCUUGUCAGUCGCCUACAUUAUCAGAUGGGCCACCUCCAGCUCUUCCAUCAAGACCAAGCAGAGCACCUAACAAGACUCCUGGACCACCUACAUCAUCUCAAGGUAUUGCCACAUCUUACCAAUAUCCUGUCCAUAUGUGUGUGUACUUAUUUGUACAUUCAGUUAGAUGCAUGUAUAUGGAUAUUCUAAUACAAAGUACCAAAGAUUGUUGAAACAAAGGUCUUCAAGAACUUUGUAAGCCUGAGGGCAAUAACCAUCUUAUUGCUAUGGUAACCUGCUCUGGGAGAUUAUUUUUGGCUGAAAUAAACAACACUAAUAUAAUGAUGUAAUAUUCCAUAUUACAGUCAUACAGAGUGUGCAAACUUCAAGGAAAUGCUUUUUAGCAAUUUAUAUUAAAUACUACAGGUAUUAACAGUACUACUGAAAACAAGUUUUACAUACAAAGAAGUGUGAGCUUUAUACAGUACUUGCCUGAGGAGAUGGUACUUGCUUUCCUGAAAGAAAUAACAGGAUUUGUGUGCAGGAUUGAAUAAUGUAAUGUGAAAAAAUAGUUAUAUAACUAGGCGUAAGAAUGUUUUAUUUUUUUAAAUACCUCUGUAUAUAAAUUACUGUUGCCAGGUUCUCCAAUAGAUUUUCAACCAAUUGCCCAACAAAAAGAAUCUACCCAAAGUUUGGAACCCAAACGCCUGCCUCCACCUCGCCCCGGAGCACCUCCUGCUCGCCCUGCUCCACCACAGAGACCACCUCCACCAGCAGGUAAGCCGGUAAAAUGUGAAAAUACCGUAUUUUUCGCUCUAUAACACGCACCCGACCAUAACACGCACAUAGUUUUUAGAGGAGGAAAAUCCGUAGGCAUGCCACCCGUAGGCAUUCCCUCCAUAACACGCACAGACAUUUCCCCUUACUUUCUAGGAGGAAAAAAGUGAGUGUUAUUGUGCAAAAAAUACGGUAAUACCUGAAGAAAGUUCUUCUAUUGUUGGUGGUAAAUUAGCUUAAAUUAAUAAUACCUUCGUUGUGACUGUGUAGAGGGUUUGGGGAGCUUUGUCUUCUGUUUGUACAUAACCACGGCUUGCUGUGCCUUCUGAACUGACGAAACCAUGGUUAAUGGUAACUAUGGUUUGUUUGAAAUAACUUUAUAACCCAUGGUUUCAAACAAACCAGUUACCAUUAACACAGCUUUGCCAGUUUGGAUGGCACAAUAGCCUGCACUUAAGGAAAAACAGAAGCAAAAACUUCCAAACUUGUUUCUUUCCUUGUCACCACACUGGAGGAAGGAAGGGGGGAGUGCAUGACCCCAAGGCUCAUCUACAUUUGUUCUUAUCAUGUUAAACUAUGCUUUAGCCUGCUGAAUACAGCCACUGCUACCCUAUCUAUUGAUGCUUUUCUAGCUCUCUGUCUAUAACUUUGAGUAUGAAGGUCUCGAAGACUAUAUAAUUACCAACAGUGCAUUUAUUGUUCCUGAUUCUUGAUUUCCUUUGUCUCAUGCUUCUCUUUCAAUUCAUACUUUUUAUUUAUUGCUGCAUCUGCUUCUUACCCUUAAGGAGGUAAAAGUCCUGCCCCUGCUAGAAAAGAAUUUGGAGGUAAUGUUUGUUCAAAUAUGACUUAAAUAGUGGGCAAAAUAUUUUGUGUUAAUUUAUAAUAUAUUUCUUUGUUAACACUUUUGUUGAUAUCCAGUCUUAGUCAUUCAUAUUCACAGAAGCUCCAUUUAAAUCAUUGAACUUGAAAUGGGGCUACUCUGAGUAAGAGUGAGUUGGAUAUCAUUCUUUGUUUUUAACAAAGGCUUUAUGACACAGUUUUAGUUUUAGAAUGCUUUUAUUUUCCUAAAAGUAGUAAAGUUACCUAUGACUUUGAAAUGUUAAAGAUCGUGCUAAAACCGUAGUAAUAUGCCUGAUUAAAUAUGAAUUGCAAAUGUGAACAAACCUGUAACUGAGAUUAUGUGUGGAGGACAGGAGGAGGUACACUGGUUUGUUCCAAAAGCCUGGGUGAAAAAAAUAGUUUUUGCCUGGUGCCUAGUAACAUAUGGUGCCAGGUUCACAUCCCUGUGGAAAGUGGGGAAAGGCAUACUGAAAUUUAGUUCACAGUUAGGGUCCUGACAAAGAAACAUAAGUUCUUAAACCUGUAUUUUUAUCUUGUUUAUGAUUUAAAUAUGAUCCUAUCAGUGAAAAAUAAAAUGAAAGCUCUUUAAUCUUUCUAAAUGUGAACUUCAUACUUGCUUAUUUCCCCCUCAAAUCGCAGCAAUAUACUGUUUGAGUUGAUCACUUUAUUCAGAACAAAAGCCUUGCAAUUCUGUUUUUUCUUACAUUUCCUUGCCCUGCUGCAUGGCCGAUAUGCUGCUUUUCUGCUUUUCUCUGAUAAGGUCUUGGUGCUCCUCCCAGUCCUGGUGUAGCCAGGAGAGAAGAAGGUAAUGAAUUUUCCUCCUGUCAACUUUAUAUGCAAAUAUUCAUGCACAGUUGUCCUGAGUUUCUUGCCUGAGGGUUCCUAUUUGUGCUUUAUAAUUUUCAGUGUUAACUUAUUGAGAUAAUAAUUCAGUUAUGACAAAUGACGUCAAAUUUGGGGUUUUUUAAAAGAAAGCGCUAAAUUGCAAAAUUGCGCUAAAUUGCAAAAUUGCUAAAUUGUGUGAGAUCAAAACUUCUAUUGAGUCAAUAGUCAGGCAAAUGUGAAUAUGCUUUAGGCAUGUUUCUUCUGAAAAUGUACUAGUUUUUGUUGAGAAAGUGAAAACCACAUAACUAUGGUUUAGAUUAAGCAUUGAACUGUCAGAUUAGUCUCCUUGUAAGGACUGGAGAUAUUCAGCCUAAUUUGGAGCCAAUUUGCAUUUUACUGGAACCCUUGAUAAACAAUUCUGUAAAUCAAUUAUCAUAUUCACAUUGCAUCUAAGGUGAUCAUUCAUAGAGGAUUCCUAACAAUUAGGAGCAUUUCAUUCUCCCAGCAUCAUGCUAUGCUGAGGGAAUAAAGCAUGAAAUUGUUAUGCCAUUAAAGACUAUCAAAACAUAAUGUUAAAAAUACAGAUAGAUACAGUAAUAUAAACAUUUGAAUUAGGAUGUCUGCGACUUUCUCCUCUAAAUAUAAAAUCACAUAUAUGUAAACCUAAAUAUUCACUAGUAUAAACUGAUUUGUUUAUUUUUGUUCUUAUGUCAAAGCUCAAAAAAGCCCUGGGCCACAAAGAAGAGACAUAGGUACUAUAUAUUGAGGUUAAAUACUUAAUUACAGAGAAUCUGGAUUUUGAAAUAUAUUCUAAAUUAGUGAUUUCAUACUGUUUCUGCAGCUCAGAGUCAUUCACCAUCUCCAGCUGGACCUACAAGCAUAGGAACUUCUGGAUACAGUACAUGUAGACCGGUAGGCAAUCAGAGUUUCUGAUGUGGUUGUGAUAUUGUGAUCCUGUGUUUGGGUUUAUUAACUUCAAAGUUUGUAGAAGAGAAUGUGAUGAAACUUUAUCGUGCAAUCUUUUGAAAUAAUUGUUCGUAUUUAGUGAUACUAGCCAAGGAAUCCUCAUUUUCCCUAUAAGACUUCUAGGAUCUGUGUUAUUUAAUUUGAAUCCCAGCACUAAAAUUUCAGGAUUUAGCUUUUCCCAUUUCUCUAAAUAUUAAGCUAUUAAAAUAUUUGACCUUGAUUGCACAAUCAUUGCAAUCUGAAGUGAACUGAACUUCCAUUCACAGGCAAUUGUUAGGGUUUCCAAAUUGUAACCAUAUUGAAUCUCUGCACCUAAUGCAUUUCAGACUAUUCCUCCCCGAGCUGGAGUCAUUAGUGCACCACUAAGCCACGCCCGUCCCCCUGUGGGGAGACAAACACCUGAAGUCCAACCCAAGCCAGCAGAAUCACCAAGAGGUAAAUUGUUUGUUUUUGCUUUAAUGUAGUUAUCGUGCAGUUUAGUGGCGAGACCUAUAUAUUACAGUCUACUCUUCCCACUUUCCCAGAAUUGGUUCUGUGACAGUGUCCUGUUCACAUCUCUUUCAGAAUUAAUGUGAGUUUCUUACCAGCACAUAACAUAGGUGGUUCAAGGUUGCUAAUGGAAUAAAGUCUCAGUCAUGCACUUAAACUAUAGGUCUGCUAUGCAGAGAAGAUUUUAGAAUUUUUGUAGCCACUUCUGGGCAGUACUUCUGUUUUUAAAAUACUGCAAGAGAAUCUGCUUAUCCAUAUGAAUGGAAAUAAUUACAGAUCCUUUACCCAUGGGUACACAAGUAUUUCAGAGGUAUAGAAUGAAAUAAAGAGAAUGAACUAGAUUAAUGAGCAACCUCAGGAAAAUUUGUUGCUAACUACUUUGGAGAUGUUUAUUACAGCUAAAGAUAGUAGUUCUCACCCCUGCUGUGGCAUGGCUACAUAGUGUGUGAUCAAAGACAUGAAUGGUUCUUAACCUCAUGGGAAAUACCAGAUAUAUAUGCUGUAUUCAAAUGUAUGCACCUCCUACUUCCUUAAUGUGUGAAGACUUUAUCUCUGCUCAGAACCUAAAUAGCUGUGACAUGAGUUCUGUGAGCCCAAUGAGACUUUAGAUCUGAUGUUCUCAAAGAGCAGUUCCCUUCAUGACAAACUGCUUUUGAAACUGAUGCGAAUUUCAAAAGCAGAUUGUGAUAUCAGAGGGCCUGGCUGUUCAAAGGGGGCAAAGAUCCAAAUUAGUGUAAGUUCUUGAAUGAGCAGCUCUUUAAUCCAGGCCCCUGGCAGUUUUCCUGAACUGGGGUUACUCUUACAUGUUUUGGUAUGUGCAGUUCCAUAUAUACAGAUAAUCAUUUUUCCUAUGGGAUGCCAUCCAAGGGUUGAGACGCUGACCACUGUCAAGAGAACUUUGUGUUAACUGAGAAAAUCUAAUUCCAUUAAAAAACACUUUCUGUGUCUUUGCAGGAUCCCCUCUGCUUCCUGAACCACUUAAGCCACAGGCUGCCAUUCCUGUUCAUUCCACCACUCAGCAGCCCCCUGUCCUAAAGAUGCAGGAACCUCUUGUACCUAUGACAGUAACAUCUCAGACAGCUUCUCCACAAAACCUGGAAGCACCACCGCAGCCUCCCCCUCGUAGCAAAUCAUCCCAAAGCUUGCCUUCUGAACCCGUCCCUUCACAGAAACAAGUAUGUAUGCAAUUCUUUUUAAUACUUUAUUUUUAGUGCACAAGUACACUUUAACAGGCUUACUCAACAGCAGCAUUCACAUGCUGAUAACUUUUACAUUUAAAUAUAUAGUGCAGUCGACUCACAACCUAAACACGUUUUACAUGUGCUGUCCAGUUGAAAUCACAUAAAUUAAACACACAGAAGGUGGAGAGCUUAAAAGCUCCUUUUGUUUUCUUGGCACAGAAAGCGCUUUUAAGCUCUCAGACUUGCUCACCAGGUUCUGGAAGGCUCUUGCAAGAUCUCAUAGUGUCCUCCGAGUUCCCAUGAAAUCUCGUGAGAGCCUCCCUGAGCUUGGUACACAAAUCCCUGAGCCCAGUAAGCAAAAUAUUGCAAGAGUCUCCCUAAGCUUGGUAAGCUCUCUGUCUUGCUUGUGGGGCAAGACCUGUUUGGUGUGCCGGCUCUGGAAUGUAAAAUUGUUCAUGUGGAAGCAGUUUGACUAUACACGAGUUCAGAUUUAUGCGCCAUCCCCAGAACAUAAUCCCCGUGUUAGAUGUGAGUCAACUUUAUAGAGCUAUUAGAAACUAUGGAGAAGAAAACACAAAUGAAACAUAUUAAACCAACUAUUAAAAAACAGUGCUGUGAAUUUUAGCUUUCCUCUUUGUGGUUGUUAAAAUUCAUACAGGUGUUUGAAAUUUGAAAUUUGAAGGUGGGGGUCUAGUUAGUGUGAUACGCUUUUACUUUGAGGCACUUGCAGAUCUGUUUAUAUUGGUGCAGCAAUAAAACUGCUAGCACAUUUACAAAGCUAAGCAGGGUCUAGUAUGGGGAUGGGGAACUGUGUGUUGAGAUUCCUGCAUUGCAGGGGGGUUGGACUAGAUAACCCUGGGAGAUACCUUCCAAUUCAACGAUUUUAUGAUAUUUUUGAAAUUAAGUCCUACUGAAUUUAUUGGGACUUACAUGCAAGUUAGUGUGUUAAGGAAUCUCAGCCAGCACAGUUCUAUACAUACUCAGUAACAAAUCCUACUGUACAGUGAGGCUUACUCCUAAGCAUGUCUGCAUAGGAUUUACAAACUUAGUUUCAUAAAAAACACAAUUAAAUAGGAAUAGAUUCAUCAUAUAGAGAAACUGGUUUAAAUCAUGUUUCCCAUUUUUUAUUUACGUUUUUUAUGAACAAACUAUUUGGUUCCUGUAACAAAACAUGUUGAUUAGCAGCUAAAGAAGGCUUUUAUGUUCCUUAGGAGAAUAAUUGAAAGGCUUGUUGUCAUGCAGUCCACAUGUCUGUUGCACUACACAAUUAUAUAUCUGGUUAGAAUUGAAAUGGGAGGAGACAAGUGCAAAAUGAAAGUGUUUUUCUUUGCAUCUGUACCCAUGCAAGGUCUUCCUUGAUGACUAGGACAUACUUGGGAGCAUAGGCUACUGAACUUAAAGGUUCUUACUUUCUAAUGUCAGCAUGUAAACGACUAUAAGUAUCCAGAACUUCCCAGAACAAAGGACUGAUAGUUAUUGGGCACAGUCGUGUGUGUGUUUCAUGACAUAGGAAGUAAAUUUGUAUAGCUUUUGGUUGAUGAGUCAUAAAUACUCAUAAUCUAAGAAAUGAACAAAUUGCAGAGCUCAAAUAAUUAGAAGGCAUAGACAGUACAAGUUCACUUAGGUCCUGGGACCAUUGGGGAGAACAGAGCCAGCAGAUUCUAGACCAGCUCAAACCUGCCCUUGGAACAUCCCUAAUCAUAGGCCCAUAGAGUUUCUAGGUGCCACUAGCCCAAAAUUACCCCCACCUCUGCUGGCAAAGAGGCACUUCCACCCCAUCCUAACACACUCCAGUUAGCAGAGCUGUGGUUGGGGAUUGUCUAAAAGACAUUAAAGUAGGUGCCAGGCAAACCUCUGGGAGGCCACUCCAUAAGUGACAAGACAUGGCUGAGAUGGAUAUUAUUCUUGUAGGCAGCUGCUAUAUCGCAGCCUAGGUGGUAAACAGAUGUCUUAAGACAUGGGUAGAGUUUAACAUGUAUUAUGGCCAAGUUUCAACUGGACUAGCUUACUAACAAUAUAUUAAUAUGGUCACACUUAUAUUCAAACUGACUUAACUAUCCUUUCCACUGUUGGUAAGUUGGUAACUAUCCUUUCCACUGUUGCUGCUUCUAAGUUUUAUAAAUUGGGUCAAAAAACCCUGCAAAAUAUUAGAAAAGAUGUCUAAUACUGAGCAUCCAUUUUCUUGGUGAAGUUAGAAAGCAGUUAAACACAGUCCUCUAUACACUUUCCCCAAAUAACCUGGUAUGAAUAUAUAAGAGGUAUUUAGAGCAGUGCUAGAACAGUAUUACUAGUUUAUCCACUGGCAAUCAGACAUAGAAAAGUUUAACAGAAUGUGUCAAAAUGCAAUCUCUUAGUAAUGAUUUGCUUCAGAAAGAGAGCUUUUGAGUCUUUGAAGCCAGUACAGCCUAAUGUCCUCAACCUGCUUUUAAAUCUGUAAAAUCAAAAACCAAUCCAUGCAGUCCUUUGAACAUGCUAGUCACUUAUAUGAUUAUCUUGCUCUCACAUAGCAGCAUGACUAAAUGUCAUCUGGAGCGGGUUUAAAAUGCAGCCGCUCCUUUAUUGAUUUAAAGGCCGCUUUUGACAGCAUCCCCAGAGGAUUGCUUUGGGGAAAAUUAGCCCGAUGGGGAAUAGACAAAAGACUUUUGUGGCUAAUAACUAAAUUGCAUGACGGAUCGGCCGCUAGGGUGAGAAUCACUCCGGCAGGCGACCUCUCAAACUCAGUAGUUAUCAAUAGAGGUGUUCGCCAAGGAUGUAUCCUUGCUCCGACCCUUUUUAAUCUAUUUAUAAGUGAUAUGAGGGCGCCUCUGAUAGAGGCUCAAGAAACGAUCCACGCCCCUCGUCUUGCCCAAUAUCGUUGCCCCCUUCUACUCUACGCAGACGACGCAGUGAUCCUAUCCUUUUCAAGAGUCGGCCUUAGGAGGGCAUUAAAAAUCUUCGAUGUUUACUGCAAAUCAAAUUUUCUUACAAUUAACCAUGUUAAGUCCAAAGUCCUAAUUUUCACCAAGAGUCGAAAAACCUAUAAUUGGAGAAUAGACGGAAAAGCUAUUGACCAAGUCUUUAAAUUUCAGUACUUGGGAGUCUUUCUCCAACACAACAUGGGCUGGAAGGUCCAUGUUGCAUAUGUAUUAAACAGAGCUAAAGCCCUGUCCUAUGCGCUAUUGCGUUGUUUCUUUUCAGAUGGGGCUUUCCAUAUUCCAUCAGUGUUAAAAGUUUUCAAGGCAAAGGUGAUUGCAACAAUAGCAUAUGCAGUCCCAUUAUGGGGGUCCUUUGCUAAUCUAACCCAUUUGGAGGUAAUCCAAAACCAGCUUUUAAGAAGGUUGUUAAAAUUACCCAGGUGUGUAAGCAAUACUGCUAUACGACUGGAACUAAAUGUUACAUCUCUAGAAACCACAUUAUGGAAAUGCAUCCUCUGUUAUUGGUUGGCUUUAUGGCAUAAACUUCCAAAUCUCCACUUGAUACAGUGCCUCUGGAGAGAUGACUUCCUAGCCCCUGGGCAAAAAUAAUACAUGGGAAACUUGUGUCCCUAGGACUAUCUCCAUCUGAACUAUUAAAAUUGGAUUUAAUUUCGGCCAAAAGAAUUAUAACUCACAAAUUAGAGGAGAUGGAUUUACAAUUUAAUAUUGCGACAGGUGGUGGCACCUGUUCGCCGAUAAACCUUGGCUUAACACCACCAACGAAACUUCCAUCUUACUUAACUACCUUAUCUGUGGUGACGCACAGGUAUGCCUUUAUAAUGGCUAGAUUCAAUGCUUUCCCAUCAAACGUGUUGGGUAACAGACUCUCCAACGGACAGAUCUCACUCCUCUGUGACUGUAAAAGCGGAUCUAUAGAAUCGUUAUAUCAUAUAAUCUUCUGUUGUCCAUUACAUUCGGCUUCACGGUCCAAGUUUCUGGCCCCAUAUUUAUCGAGAAUUGCUGACAGUCCUCAGGAAGCCCAAAUAAUAUACUUAUUAAACGACGAAGAUACAAGUAGAUCCCUUGCAGUCGCUAGAUACCUGAUUAAUGUUUUAUUUCAAAAGAGGAGAAAUGGAUCACUGUAUGUUUCUGACAGCUUAGCUAAACUUAAGAACCAUCAAUAAGUGCCAGAACUAAGACGUAUACCCCCCAAAAUCUGAUGGAUCGGAAUUGCGGUUUACAUAGAGGGAGCUUAUUGUGUAUAGUGUUUACUAAACUAAAGUAAAAUCGGUUUUAUAAGGGUGUUUUAACUUGGAACUGUUUAAAUUGUAUUGUUUAUGGAUAAAUUCUGAUGUAUUGUUUUUGAUAUGGGCCAAUGGCCGCAAUAAAUCUCUCAACAAUGCAGCCGCCCCAGUCAUAUGAAUAGUCACUUGAUCACUAAGGGUUGUAUUCAGUAUAGCACUAAGUAGUUCCUUCAGUACAAGGAAAUCCUUGCGCAGCUGAACGUCCCACCUCCUCACCCUGUGAACCGCCCAAAUCUGUUCUAGGGGUUCCCCAACCGUCUAGAGCAGAUUAGGAGAGGGCAUGGCAAUGCACACACAGGAGAGGGCGUAGUUCUGUUGCACUAGAAGUAAUCCUUGUGCUGACGGGAUGAGUUACUAGAAUACUGCCCAAAGGCAAUAUAUUUUAAAUAUGCAAAAUGCUUGUUGGGUAUCAUUGACUCAAACAUAGCUUGCCAGUUGAGGCAGCUUUCUUUGUAAAAUCAAAGCCAAAGUGAAGGACUAUUGAUAUCAGGGGUGGCUACCCUACAGGUUUUUUGUACCCACAAGACCUCCAAAUUUGCACCCCCUCAAGGUCAACAGUUUUUACUUUUUAUUGACUGCUCUCAUAUUGACAGCUUUUAGCUUUUUAACAACUGCUCUCAUAUGUCGCCCACUAUGAUGAUGUGCUUUGCCUCCCGCAAAGUUGUCCAUUUUAUAAAAGAAUAAUUUAGUAAUGAAUAAUAAAAGCUUUAAAAUUAAUGCAAAAUAACAGACGGGAAAGCAUUUUACACUUUGGCUGCCCCCAGUUUGACAAGCAGCCCCCGGAGAGUUGACUGUGGGUCAACGUGGCCCUCAGCCUGAACAAGAUUAGUUUCCCUGCUUUAUAUCAUAGCAAAUCCAAUUAGUACAGUAGAGUGUUUCUGCAUGUAUGUGUUAUCAAAGUAACAUCUAACACUCAAAUAAUUGGACAGACAUAAUGCUAGGUCACUUUUGAAGCAUUUUACCGUGGAUUUCUUCCUAAUAUUUUCCCUUUGAUGUCUGUCUCUUUCUCACAAGCAGGAUCAACCAUCAGGGUAAAAGGUACCUGACUCUUUACUAGUAUUUUGUUAUUUCCAUCCAUUAUUUGUUCUCCAUGAGUUGUAGCAAAAAAGAUGUAUGAACAAUUUUGCUUCAUACAUCUGCACUUGCAUUGAAAUCACCUGCCUGCAUAUACAGGCAGACAUGCCAUAGUUUCAUUCUUGCUUUCUGUAGCAUAUUAUUGACAUAAAGCACCUUAUUUAGCUUGGUAUGCUAUGGCCUUGUAGAGUAAGGGUUCUCAAACUGUGCCAAGUAAGCCUCUCCUUAAAUGAAGAAAACAGCAUAAAGAAGUUUUUAAAAUAAAUGUCUGACUGUUGCCAGCUUUCAAAAAUCAGAGGGGAGGGUCCUAAUACAGGACACUAAAAUAGCUAAAAAUCCACAAAAAAUGCCUUAUGAUGAAGUUGGAAACCUCACUUGCACCUCACCAAGAGGUCUGCCUCACACUUUGAGAACCACUGCUAUGGGAAGUACUUAAUUUGGUCCCAUUUUCUGAAACUUUUAAACACUACUCAACCCUGAUAACAAGACUACUUUAUGAAACAAAAUGAAUAUUGCGGCAAAAAGUGUAACAUUGGUUUCAGCUCUCUCACACUCAAAAGUUCAUGAAAAAAAGCUGCCCUUUUAGAAUAAAAUAUAUCUAUUUCUAGUUUUAAUAUGAAGCUAGUUUUAAAUCGGUUUGCUUCUGAGAUCAAUGCAACUUACUAAGCACAUUCAAUUAAAACCUACAAAGCAGUGGUGAUGCUCUUUUGGGUCUUGGUAUUUUUAAAUUACACCAUAAACAUAGCAUGCCAUGUGCCAUAUGCAAAAUUGCAUUUGAUGUACAUUUAUUCUGUAGUUAAACAUGGUUAUACUUGGACAUUGACAAAAUUGAUUUAUUAUUAUUUUAAGCAGGCUGUUUAGGUAAGUAUAAAAUGGAUCUUCAGAUUUAAAACUUUGUAUUUCGAAUUGUUGAAUAUAAAACGAUAUAGGAUUGGCGUAUGUCUAAUAUAUGUAAAAACAUGGAAAUUUACUCUUACACUAGAAUAGGCAUUGUCACUCAGAAGUCAGUUCAUUGGAGCUUACUCUUAGGUGUGUUUAGGAUUAUGAUCUUAAUUACUGGAAGAAAUGAAAAUGUAGAAUGUGUCUUAAAUAUGAGGAGAAUUUUGAUGCUAUGUAUAAGGGUACCCCCUGCAGUUGGGAAGCCUUCUUUUCAUCCCCAUGCUGGGUGAGGGAGCCAGGUUGGUGGAAUUUGAUUCAACAUGGCAGCAUUCUGGGUUGGGUACUGAACUUGCCAAACCCCUCAGGUGGAUGUCAUGUCGUGAUAUUAACUUGGGUGUGUGUGUGAGGGGACAUCCUCAAGUCUCUCUAUUAGGACUGAGGCCUGUUCUUUUGUCUCCAUUCUUGAUAAGUUCUAUUUCAGUUUAAAAUGGUGAGAAAUACUUUUGAUUAGAUUUAUUAAGUUUAUGUAACAUUUCCCACAAAUAACCAGAUAUUAGUCUUAGGAAUUUCUGGUGAAGAGUCAACUGGAAGACAUUGAGUGCAUAUUAGCUAAAAUACUGAGAUUCUUCCCAGAGGAGAAAAAGACCCAUCCAUCCUAACAACAAUAAAUUUAUUAUGUGUACCCUGCCCAUCUGACUGGAUUGCCCUGAACAGAGGCAGGCCAGAACUGGAAGGCGGGAUGGCUUCUCUCCCUGUCAGAGGAGGAAAAAGACUUGAAAGGCCCUGCCCAUCCAGUUGAGUGGGAGAAGUCAAUUUAUUCACUGAAUGUCCUCCAGUCCACUGGCAAAUGAGUUUUGAACCAAUUUACAUGGACAAUAAGCAAUAAAAAUUCAUUAAAACAAAACAAACAUACUAAGUGUUCAUCUAUAAAAAUUACCCGAUUACAUAAAAUAACCACAACACCCACAUAAGAAAGAACCGCCAAAAAUAAAUGACCAAAAGCUGGGCCAUUAGCACUGUCCAAAUGCCUGGGAGAAUAAAACACCUCUGCCUUGUGCUUAAAAUUUAUCUGGAAGUUCAAUGAAGGGCAGGAUUCAAUUAAUGAGACCUGCCAGCAGAAACCCUGUGCACGGACUUUCUUGUGUAAUGGGGCUUUCCUCCUGGCAUGCUCCCCUUUUGGCUUGGGGAGGGUAUCGAGAGAAUCCCCAGAAUAGCACACGGGAAGGAGAAGGGGGAUCAUUGAGUCUGCCAAGGCAAAAUACUUGCCCUGACAGAAUGAUGGCCUUAGCGCAAUGUUGAAUUUCUCCCAAAAUUUUCUAUUUUGGCCCAGUAAAAAAAAAGACAAUUUAUAGUAUUUAAAGAAACUAGUGCAUAGAAAUUGGGGAGCCAUUUUAAAACAUAGAAUGUUACUAACAUUUUCAUUGUGAUAAAACUUCAUAAUAACAUCAUCCAUUUUUGCACGUGAAAGUGACUACAUUUAAUUAUUUAUAUACUAUUUUAGUUCUUCAAGUAAUAAAGCAUAAUGGUUUUUCCAGUAGAGAUGUACUGUUCUUUUGUGUUCAGAAAUCUGAAACAUUACAAUUGUAUCAGUUAAUAGGGAGAUAAAUAAAAUGCUUUGUAGGUCUACAUGUGUCUAUUUUGCCAAUGAAAGGGUAGUGGGGGUUUUAAAAAAUUUUGAUUAUAAAAUAAAUCCAACAGGACCUUUAAAAUAAGAAAGCAAGCAUAAAGUAAAUUAGGAAAUGCAAGAUCCACUGUUUAUGUCAUGGACAAUGAAGAAAUGCUGUUUCACAGCCAAGUGACAUGUUUGAGCACUUUAUUUACUUUUCAGAUUAGAGCAAAUGGAGUUCAUGCCAUUCAGCUUGAAACACAGCUAAACAAUGAUCCUUUUGAAGAUCUGUCCUUUCAGCUGCUUUCUGCAUCCAAGAUUCAGUCAUCAGUCCGAAUGUCACCGGUUGUACCUUUAAACCAAAAGAAGCUGACAAAGUUGCCUUCUGCAACAGACAGUUUUAAUACUUUAAGUAACAUAAAUUGCAUGCCAGCAAUGCCACUUAUUCCAACAUAUAGUAAACAUGAAGAACGUAUGUGCAAUUCUCCAAAUCCAUUUGCUCCCAGACUAAACAGCACAAAUCCAUUCACCGAAGAAACUAUUACUGCUGGAAAUCCAUUUAGAACAGAAACCCAAGAAUCUGGAGCUACUUCACAUUGUUCAACAGAAGGACCUGCUGCUUAUCCUUUCCCACCUCUUCAUAAAAGCAAGGCCUCAUUUUAUGUUAAUGCAUUUGAAGACAAUUUCAGUUUGCAAAACACAUCUUCUAUAGCGAACAAUGUAAAACCAAGAGGAUGGGUAACAUUUGAUGAAGAGGGUUGUGUGAUGAAGUUAAAGUCACCGGACAAUCACACUGAGUUAAAAAGAGCAAGUUCCAUGAAAGCAACUUCUUUUCCAAGUUCACUGGGCACUGAACAAAAUAUAUUUGGCUCAGGUUCUGCCAUUUACAAUGACUGGAACAGAAGCUCUGAUUCUUUCUGUCCUUUGCCAGCAAGACCCCCACCUGCACCUCCUGUACCGCCCAGGUCCAAUAGCACUAAAUCAACUGCAGGCCCUUCCCAGGUACCUAAGGUUUUAUCAACACAAGAUUUUACUGAAAGAUAAAUUCUUUAAACUUGUUUGCUAAGAGUAUUAUCUCCUAGAAUUGGGCAUUGAUGUAAUUCUGUGUGCAAUAGUUUUGGCAGAUGCACUGAACUUUAAAUAUGUCACUAUGUACAAAAUUUAAAGGUGCGUGUGUAUAUAUGGUAUUUCACAAAGCUAAUUCCACAUGUGAUUUUAUUAUGCCACUACUAAUAGGGCACAAUGCAGGGAAGUUUAUGCAUAUUUAAAUCCCAUUUUAACCCACAGGACUCAAGUUCAAAAUUAGAAGUUCCCACCAAUUAAUUUAAAUACAAAACAUGAGCACCGUUUUAUCCUUUUAGUGCACAUAAAUUUAUUUAUUACAAAAUAUUUUAAAUACUAUUUUAAAUACCCUCCUGACUGGUAGAACUUAGAGUCACUUCCAGUAGCCGAAAACUGGUAUAUUUAUAAGUAUUUACCAAAGAACUGCCAAAGUUUAAUUAAUGACUGUUUAAGGGUAAUGUUGGGGAAAUGUUAUAUACCAGAGGUUUAUGAAGAUUUGUAAUGGUGAAUUCCACAAAGAGUCGAAAGAUUUUUUUAAAAGUACACAGCAUAUAGUAAUAUAUUUUACCUGCAACUGCAUAUGUACUAUUGUUUUGCACACAUGGGAAAUAUUGUGGUCACUUAUAAUCCAGUUAUUCAACUUUUGCUUUGGAUACUACUAUUAAGGAACUUUCAUUUCAGAAAAAUAUGAAUAUUUGCUUUUUAACUUGAAGAGCAGAAUUUCAUGACUCAAUACAAUAUAGUCAGUUUUGAUACAAAAAUCUGAAGUAAUCUGCUAUGUGGUCCAUGCAUUUCAGUUUUGUUUGCAUCCUCCCUUACUAUGUAUAGAAGUGCUUGUGUCUUAAAUUGGGCUUCAACAGAUAGUUUUUGUACUGUUCUGUAAAGCUUUUUAGAUGCAUCACUGUUCUCCCCACAGACAGAAGCUGUCAAUGCCACAUGUGAUAUUUAUGGAGGCUAAAUCUGUUCCUGUUUGCACAAUGCUUUGUAAACUUGCAAAUGGUCCUGUCCCCCAUGGUUUUUGCAACAAAUGUCAUUUGUAGUAUUUUGGUGUCAUGAAGGAAACAGUAGUGUUUUCAAUGAUACGUCAUUAGGCAAGCUAUAGAUUCUCUUAUACAUAUUGUCACAGCUAUUUAUAUUGAUUGCUUUUUUAAAAGCUUGUGAAAAAUCUUUUUUGAGAAGGGCCUCGCCAAACCUGUCUGUUCUUCUGUUGACUGUUAGCAAAGUCUCUGCCUUUUGGUAGCAUCUAAGUGAAGCACAGCUUUCCAUGGAGCAGCAAAAAUAAAACUACAUUUCUAAAUUAUUUACUACUAUCCCAGCAUAUUUCUAUAAAUCAUCCCAGCUAGCAGUGCAUAACCAUUAUCUACAGUUGGAUAGAUAAGUAAAUACAGUGACUUCUGUAUUGUGCUUUUACAGUGAAGUUCAUUUAAAAGUACUUGUACAUCUUAAAACAUCAGUGGUACUAUAACCUUUGUGCUUCAGUAUGUGAUUUAACUCGUUAAAACUCUGAUUAUUAACAUCUGUGUGAUAGUGCUUUGGAAUAAUCUUAUGUUAGCAAAACAACUGUGUUCUGGAAAGUUAGUGCAAAUUACAGUUCAGUGAUAUGUAGACCUUGUUUAGAUUUUUAUUUUCAAUUAUUACAGUUUUUCUAUAACAUAUUUAAAAUACAAGCCCCCAUACACCUUCAAUAGAUUACAGAAUCUGGCAGCAAAGUACCACCAAAAUUGCAACAAAGUAUCUAAAAGUAUAGGAUAAAUAGUUAAUCAUAAUAUAUUGCUAAAAGUAAUUUACUAGUGGCGUCAAAUUUACAAACUAUGUAAAAAAAAAAAAGCUAUAUCUUUCAUGGAGUGUGUUCCCUGUGGCAAGUUGCUUUGUUAAUGUGUAACAAAUUAUUGCUUGUGGUACACAAUAUUUGACUAUAUCCAGUGCAAAAUGACAGUAUUAACUCAGUGGUCUACAAUAUUCCAUACAUAUCCUGUGAAAUGUGGUGUUGCAUUAAUUAAAUAAAUAUAUCGAUCUUUCAGAAUAUAAUAUCCAUU